UUUGAAAGAAUAAAGUAAAUAUUUCUAAGUGUCUGAUGUGUAUAAGACAUUGGACUGAUACAAAAAUGUGGAAGAUAGGAAGCAGUGUGAAAUAUACUAAGUGGCUGGAACAGUUUAAACGCGAUAAUACAUGCUUGACUUUGAGCCAUUCAGCAUUAUGACUGUGAACAUGGAAUUGAUAUCAGGCUGUGACUUUAUAUUUAGAAAGCUAUAAAUUAUGUCUUGAUUUUUAUUCUUUGUCAUUUCUGUAGCCAUAUUCUGUAUAAUCAAACAAAAAGUAAAAACAUCAGAAUUUCUAAUUUAGGCUUUUUAAAAAAGACAAUUCCCAUUUUGUUGUUCAGAAAAAACUUCUGAAAUAUAAAUUUAAAAUGAAUCAUGGGCUAAUUAAUGUAUUCAUGGAGAAUGUUGAGAUCUAGCUUGCUAAGAUUCUUUAUUUUUCCUUUCCUUUCUUCUUCAUCAUUUACCUUCAUUGGUGAAGAAUGUCAGUUAGGUCAUGCAGACAUAAAUGUUUAUACUAGCACUUUUGAUCAUUCCUAGUGUUAGACUAAGUGGAGGAAUGCGUAGCUAUAUACAUUCUAUCUUCUUUUCCUAUAGAAUGGCAAUGUAUUCUUCAUAGAAUUGCCAUGUGACUAUCUCCAUUACAGUGCUGUUAUGUUAAACCAGGAACACAUAAAUGAAUUAGAACUCCUCAGUGGCUUGAAUCUUAGGCCUUAUCUUAAAAACAAAGAAAGAAACAAACAAGUAAUAAUGGAUGUGUGACUAGAAAAAAAUAUACACUGACAAUAGAAUAACUCAUUCUCUUAUUACCACUGAAACUCUAUUAACUAGUUAAUUCCUUUCCUAAACAAUAAAUAUAUUGCAGCUCAGGAUUUGUCUAUUGGAUAAUUUUGGCAGUUUAAUGUUUUUAUAUUUUCAGUUAUUGGUCAAAUAUAGUAGGAGAUUUGAAAUACUUUAGCCAUGGCAUCUCAUGAUCUCUGUCUUUUCAGAGUCCUUGUGCUCACCUUUGUUUCUGAGACAAUUGGUAUAUUUCUGUACCAUACCGACCUCAAAGUUCCUUUUUAGCAGCGAGGGAGCAGCUGAGAUAGGGUUUCUGCAAGUCUUCAACUGUACUGUCUGAUGAAAACUUAAGUAUUUGCUUUACUUUUGACAUAGUCUUGUUUAAAGUGGGGUGUGGGGGUGUAUAACUUUGAAAACUGUGAUCCUCACCAGGUGUGAUGGUGCUUGUAAUCCCAGCAUUCCAGGGGCUAAGAUAGGAGAAUCACAAGUUUGAGGCCAGCCUGCACUACCUAAUGAGUUCAAGACCAGCCUGAACUACAUAGUGAGACCCUGUCUCAAAAAAGCAAACAGAGAAUAAUGGAGCUCAGUACCUUAAAACAAUGUGUGUUGUGGAAGUUAUUGUAAAAAAAAUGCUUUUUUUAAAACAUGGAAAUAGCCAAAUAGUUUUUCCUACCUUUUAAAAAAUAGUUCAGGAUACUUUACUAUUUGAUUAAAACAGUAUAAUGAAUAUUAGAAGUAGCAACUGACAAGCCAUAAAUUGAAGUCAUGCUUAGUAAUGUUUUUCUGGAAAGAGAACAUCAUUUCUUAUGCAGGAGAAUGUAGAAUUUGUCUCUCAGAUAGGUUCUUAAUUUCAUUAACAGAAGUUACUGCAUUGGAAAUUCAGAGCUUUUGAAACCCCAGGUUCAACUUGGUGUGAACCAGAUAUGUAUAACAGAAGCUCACAAUAAGCAAGUCAUACUGUUUUCUUUUAUAAUUGAACAUACAUUUAAUAAAAUUUUUUUAUUUUAACAUAUGAAGUAGCCACUGAUGUUCAGUGUACCAUUAUUUAAUAAACCAACUAUGUCCCAAACUUAUUCUUUCAUACCACACAUUCUUGUACCCUUUAAAACUCAUUACGUUUGAGCUGCUGACAUUAUUUUCUCUAAAGCAGACAUACUGUUGGAUGACUACUGAUUUCCUUUUAUAGGUCAGCAAGAAAGAAUGAUUAUGAUUCCAGAGGCCCUGACAAAAGCUCAAAAGGUUUUCUGUUCUUUUGACUUUCCUUUAAGGAUUUUUAACUCCAACCCCCUAACCUAUAAUCUCUCCAUUGAAUUCCAGGUGUUCAUUUUAGUAUGAUUUGAAUGGUGAGGGUAAUGGAGAAUAACUUCUUUUCAAACUUUCCAGUGAUUUUGAACGAGUUAUAAUUGACAUAUGGGUAAGAAAUAAUGUCAGUUUUGUGUUUGGUUUUUCUUCAUGUGUUUUUAUGGUAACCUAUUUAGGGAGAGAAAAGUUAAAGAAUAUAACAAAAUGAAUCCAAGAGCGUGGGAGAGAAACAGAUACACAGGAAAGCUCAAGUAAAAUUAAGAAACUGAUUCCAAAGAAAGAGAAACAAAAACAUUGAGAAGGCUGGUGGGAAAUAAUACUAGUUUUAUCUGUUGUUCCAAUAAAUAUUAAAAUACCAUCCUCUUUCUCAUUCAGUAAUAUUUAGAGAAAGGAUUUUAAAAUCUCCUUAAGGGAGUUUCCCAUUAGAAACAAGUUCUUUUUGCUUUGUUUGGUCUGACUUUCAUGGCCUUAUUUCCCCACUCAUUUGAUACUUCUUUCUCAAAUGAGAUGGAUGCUUGCUUUUAGAACACUUUUAAGUUAUCUUACAAUAUUUUCCAUUUUCAGUACAAAAGUAAACACUGUAAAGUGUCUGUUUCAAAUACGUGGAUAAUUUGUAAGAGGAAAGUGAGCUGCAGUUAUAUAUGUAAUUUCUCUGUGCCUUUCUUCCCAUGCAUUUUAUGUAUUUGAGACUAGUACCAUAUCUGGGUAUUUCACUCGUUGGUCACAUAAAAUAUUUACUAGCAUACCAUAUGUAUGCUGUGGGUUGUAAGGGUAACCGUAAGGAAUAGGAACUCCCUGUAAGACAUGUGGGAGUUGAAGCAGCACAAGAGACAGGCUCAGCGGCUAAGCAGCCCCUCUGCGCCUGUGCUCUGUAGGUGGGAAUGUACACUGGUCUGCAUGGAGAGUUGAAAUAAUAACUUGUCAUUGGUGGUUCAGCAACAGCUCAGUGAUGCACUUUAGUGUUUUUACACAUUGCUGAUUAAAACUCUCCAAACAGAAAAAGGAUAGAUGAGUAGUUGUUCAUUAUCUUAUGCGAAAACUGCUAUGGUAGUCUUGGCUCACGAUUCAUGGCCCAUUCAUUUGUGAUCAGGGAAACAGGGUUGAUCUCGUUAAGUGUGUACUCUUGGCUUUGUAAGCCAGCAACUUACAUGGAAGGAAGAGCCUGCGUUCCUCUUGUAAGAAAAUGAUUGUGGUGGGCCUUUGAACCUUCAUAAAUACACCAGACAACUUGUUAUAUUAUUUUAAAAAGUUCUUUCUUAUAUUGGUUCCUAUUUGUUCAAUCUAAAAGACUCAUCUUAUCUUUAUUACAAAUCUUUUAAAGGUAGGUUGUGUCAGAUGCUUUUUUAUUACCACUGGUGACACCCAGCACAAUGCCUGCCAUUCAGUGCAUAAUUAAGAACAGAACUACGUUAAAUAUGUUUUAUUAAGAGAGAUCACAGGUAUAGAAAUUCUUGGUUCUUCAUGAUCAAUAAAGGGUAUUUUUACAUUGGUUCACUUAAAGACAUUUGAAUCUUUUUCAGUGACCCAAAACAUGACAUAAGAAGUGCUGGAAAAGCAGAAAAUUUUGUUAGCAUCUCUUUUGUCAUUUAUGGUUGUGCUAGCCAGAGAAACAUCAUUCUUGUCUCUAAAUCUAAGCUUUAGCAUUAAAGAAAUCACUUGAGUGAAAUGUUUAACAAUUUUUCUGUGCCAGUAGAACUGUAAGGUACUCUGUCCCAUUCUCAUUUUUUAAUACUUGGAAGAAGCAUUUUUGAAUAGAUUAUUGUUGCAUCUUACUGCGUUUUCCCCCUUGGGGAAGGGAAAUUGUCUAAUGCUUAUACACAUUCAAGCAAGAUAAGUCAGAAUCUUGAAAGUUUGGACAAAUUAUGGGAAAUGCUCUGAUUAUUGCAAAGAGGUUGACUGGUUAUGUUAUUUUUUCAAAAUGUUUAUGAAAGAUCUAUUCCUAUCAGUGCUGAUGCCCAUACUUUUGAUGGAAUUUUUAACCCUCUGAAUUUCUAUUUGGAAGCUUUUUAUGGAAUCUCAUUCUUCACUGUGCUCAUCAUUCAUGUUUUACAUCAUUUUGUAAAGCUCUCCUAGCUUUUUUUUAGUGUUUCCUGUAGGUGUGUUGAUCAUUUUGUUCAUUUGGCCCAGUAUCUAUUUAUUUACAUCUUCUGUGAGCUUGCCAAGUAUCUUUUUGUUCUGUUUUAUUGUCUCCACUAGUAUAAUUUUGAAUAAUUUGGGUUUGUGGUUUUUGCUUGCCUCUUCUUUGAUGCCCCAUGAAUGAGCUUUGGGAGAGUUUGGAGUUUUGGCAAGCAUUUUGUUGAUUUCUCUCAUGUUUUUCUUGUUUGUUUUGUGUUGAGGAUUGAUGGUUGAUUGUAGCUUUUUUUUCUAGUGUGAGGAAAACAUCUACUUUUACUUAAUACCUAUUUUUCAUUGUCUCUUUUAGGCAUGGCUAACGCUGGCCUUUGCUUCUGUCCCAUGAUCCAGCCACCUCCAUUUACUUGAGAUGGAGGUUGCAGUACAUUCGGCCCUGUACCCCCUUCUCCAUGGUACAGGGCCACAGUAUUUUUAAUGACUCCAAGGCAAUCUAAAUAUUGAGAUCCCAGGAAAACCAUUUAAUAGUAACACCUGUGUUACCUUUGUUAUAGUAAUAAAAUCAGCAUCAAUUAUAAUAUCAAGUACAAACUGAAUAUUAAUAUAUUCUAACAAUUAACAAUGUAUCAACCUUACCCAUAGAAGAGAGAUCCAUAAUUAUAGUAUGAACACUAAGACAGAAGAAAUAUUGACCUACUAUUAACUUAAAGUGAAUAUCUACUAAAUAGGACAGCUUUGCCUCUACUAACGAUAGAACACUGUUCAACAGCAAUAGCAUAAAUUUAACUAGCUGUCUAGAUAUUAACUAGAUAUUAGUAGUUACACUGGUAAAGGUAGAGGGAGUAGGGAACUGGAGAAUAUAAAAAGCAAAAUUUGAAAAAUAAUAGGAUAUGAAAAGGGGGAGAUAAAAGUAAGAUAAUGUAUCCUAUUGAAGAGUAAAAGGAAAUUGGUAGUCCUAGAGAACAGUUACAGAGAAGAAUGAACAAAAAAAAGAAAAAAGAUAAACAGCAAAAUACAGUAAAUACAGAUAAGGAAGAGAAAAAUGUUGAAAGGGGAAAAGAGAAAGAAAAGAACCCCUUCCCCCCAAAAAAAACCAAUGAAAAAGAGAUAAAAAUCUUAAAAAAUAGAAAACUCAAAAAUAGAUUGAGUCUAAGAAAAAUUCCUGUUUUUGGAUCAAUGGUUUCUUUCUAAGAUGUGCAGUUUUGGAAUCCAGAGAGUCAUAAUAUUAUCUACCUAGCUUUAGGGCUAAUAAGUUUUUGAGUUGCCCUCCCUGCACCAGAGGCCUUUCUGUAUGUUUACUCCAGACGGUGGUUACCAAGCCAGUGGGUGUUCUUGCCCCUUUUCGUAAAUUAUUCUUGAACAGGCCUCUGGUCUCUGCUGGGUGUAGGCUAUAGGGGUGGGGGUGGGGAGCUGUUUGAAUUAAUUUUGAAAGUCACAGAAUCUGUUUGCUCCCGUUUGUCACCAAAUGUUGUCCUUGUCCAGGAUCAGGUUAUUGGUUAGUCCUUGUCUAUGCUGCCCUGAAUCCGUAGAAGCGAAACAUAGAGCUGGCUGGGAGUUGGCUUUCCAGUUAUGCCCUUUUGUGUGUGUGUGUAGGGGGUGCCCUGGGUCUGGUGUGGGCCUGCUUGUUCACUUUAGGAGGCACCCAGGUCAUGGUGCGGGCCUGCUAUACAUCUGACCUGGCAGUGUCAGGGUAUGCCUUGAGUGGGUCUGCUUGCCUGUAUUUGUAAGUAGUAAAUUCUGUAGCUCCUACCAAAACUUCAAUGAAUUUUUUUGGAAUAGUAACUUCUAAUGGACUUCUAAAGUAAUAGUUUCAAUUUAUGGUUUUUGGCUCAUUCUGAGGCAGAAACAGCAUCAUGAAGCAUGAUAGAGGAAAAGGUCUGUUAUGAUAUAAUUUAAAAGUGGCGGAGCUAGCAUUUAACCUAGAAAGUCUGGCUCUAGAACCUAUGCUCCUAUUAAUUUACUUACACUGCCUUUCUAAAGCUUUUAUAUCUAAAUCUUUAAAGGCAUCAACUUGGAAUUUAAUUCCAUUAAUCUCCGUGUUCAAAACAUGUUUUGGGUUUCUUUGAAUUUAUUUUCCAAAGAGAACAAGACCAAGACAAAAACCUAUGAAAAACCAAGCCACCUGCUAUCUAAGGUAUACUGUGGGAGGAAUGACAAUCAAAAGGGAAACACAAGGAAAUUAUUAGAAAUAUUGAAGGAAAAUUAGAGUAUAGUACAGAUGAAGAAAAAAAUUAACUUGUUUUACUUUAAAACAUGGAUGGAGGUCAAGGGACAAGUGUUCAAAUAGGAGGUAGUCAGCAAUAUCAGAUGUGACAGAACUCCCUGAGAAGAAGUGACACAGCCCAUUUGGCUUGUUUAAGCAUAGAAAUCAACGUGACUUAAGAUUACAUUAUGGUAGCAUAAUCAGAACACAAUGCAGAUUAGAGACGGAAGAGAAUGUGAAAGAGAUUAAAUGAAGAAUUUGGUAAAUUUGACAAUGAAUGGACCAGGCAAUAUCCUGGGUACAGUUAAAGGAAAAAGAAUUAAAAGGGGGGAAAGGACAGAAGGAAAGAGGAAGGGAGAGGAAUGGGAGAGACAGCAGGGGGAAGGAUGUGUUUCAAGGAUAGAAGAGAAAGAAAGGUAGAGUAUAAGAUAAAUAAGAGACUAUUAUGGUUGUUUUAUACACAUGUAAGUCUAAGAAUACAACCAUGUUUUAUCUUUGACAGAUGUUCUGAGGAAAAGAAACAAGUCAGUGUUAUUCAUCUGCAUUAAUGUUUCUUUCAUUUAAAGCAAAACACAGAGAAUGUUAAACAAUUUUUGUUUAUUUGCAGUAGGACUACAAAGAAAACCAAAAAGCAUUUGAGAGUAAAACCAGAUCUUUAAAAAAUAAAAACAAUAUUUGAAGUAUUCCUUGAGACAUUACAGGUCUUCCAAAUCGUCAUAAGGAGAUGUUUUUAAUAAUGGUAGAGUUUUAAAAAUAUGAAAGUUGAUAUAACUGUUUGCUUUAUAUAGUCUUAGGGUUUUUCUUACGUAAAAUAUUAGAAAACCAGUAAAGUAGCCUGUUAAAUCAUUUCAUAUCUAAACAGAAUUUGGUACAAGCUUUUUGAUGAUGUCAUAAAACUUAAUUAUGGGGAAAGCAAUUAUUAUAAUUAGGAAAAGUUGAUGAAUUAUGAUCUGACUCAGGAUUAAGGUCUGAACACUCAUGUCAUUUCCCCCCAUAUAUCGUGAUUUGUUCGUUUUGGACUGUGAGUUGUUUAACUUUUGACACCAUCAGCAAAUUAGAGCAGUAACACUUAGUUGGUUUUUCCUGAAAAACCUUAAGGCUAAUAGUUAUGUGAUAUUUAUUUCUACACAUUGCUGCUAAUCUACGCACUGCUGAGGAUCCUGUUGUGGGUAAGCUUUGAGGAGAUGUUCAGUCCCUAGUCAUAGAAAUCACACUGGAAGCCAGCAGGAUGGAUAAUUAGUUGAGAGUGGGAGCAUAGUAUGUUAAUUGAGUAAUUACUUAAUUGUUGCUUAGUCAUCUUUGUCAUAGUCAUCACUGCGUUCCUAGUGCACAGCAUAGCGCCAGGUAUGUGGCAGGGUAUUCAGUAAAUGACUGAAUGAACUGAAGGCCGAACUCAUCAAUUUGCUAUUCUAAAUUAGUUCAUACCUAGCACCAUAAUGUGAUAUUGAAUAUGUGAUAGGUAGCUUUGUGAGUAUUUUUGUCAGGACCAUCUGUGUCUCAUAGUACAUAUAGGAAUUAGUCUUCAAAGUGAAUGAAUUCUAUUAUAUUUUAAAAGCAUAAGUACUAUUUUAUGUGAGGGCAACAGUUCACCCAGUAAGAUCUCUGUGUUUCAGAGUUUUGAAACAUUGAUCUUGGUAAUACAUGGACAGAUUGUUUUUCAUUUAGGGUGGGUGCUGAACAGACUGUGGUAUCGUCUUAACCUCCAGUAUGACUAAGCCUCAGAUUGAAUAAACUCUACAUCUGGACUGGGGAUUUAACUCAGUGACUCAAGUGCUUGGUAAGCGUGAGGUCAUGAGUUCGAUCUCCUGUACCAAAAAAAUAAGUAAAUAAUUUUUUUUUUACAAAAGCUCUAUAUCUGUAGAAACAUGGCUAUAAUAUGUCUAUGAUGUCCUAAAAGGAUAAGCUGUGUUAGCAUUUUAGCCCCUGUGCUGUACUUAUUUGUAUGUAGAAGGUAUUCCAGAGAAGCUUGUCAACUUAAAUUAUUGAAUUUUUCAUGGACUGUCAUGUAAAUAAUUUAUUGUCAUCUAUGUCUGAUAAUAAUAUCUCUUGAAAUAUAUUUUGAAAAUUAAGCUAAAAAUCAUGCAGAAUAAAUCGAUCUCUGUUACUCAGAUUAAGUUUUAUAGAUAGUUCUUUUCUGGUUCUUUUGUUGAAUAACUUUUAUUCUGUUAAGAAUGAAUCUGCCUUGAAGGGGACAGCAUCAUGUUUAUUUUGAAGUUCCUUAAAGAGGCUGAUGAAUUGUCCUAAAAUAUGCUUUGAAUUAGCAACUUUUGAAUAUCUAUUCUAAAGAGGUAAAAGAGGUGUGACCAGAAGGGAAUGGUGCACAGUAAAAAAUAAUUUGACUUUGGAAUUAAGAAAAUACAUCUCAGAGCUAUGCAGGCUGAUAUUUAUCUGAUAUAUGUAUGGGUAUACAUAUAAAAUUUAGUGCCUGUAAAGCAAGAAAAAUAGCUUUUAACAUAUCAUUUCUCAACAGUUUGAGUCAGGUCUUCUGGUGGAUUCUACUUGUAUUAUAGUCAGCUUUCUGUCAUUGACAGAUACAUGAGGUGAUAACUUUUAAAAGAAGAAAAGAUUUAUUUUGCCUCAGGCUUUCAGAGAUUUUAGUCCCUGUUCACCAGGUGCUGUUCUCUUUGGACCUGUAGUGCCUUAGUAUGUCAUGCUUACAUUAUGGAAGCAGGAAGUCAAAGAGACGAGAGGGCCCAGGGUGCCAGUGUCUCCCAGCGGGGCACAGCUGCAGCGACCCAAGCUGCUUGCACUGUGGUGGCACCACAGACUUGCAGCCAAGCCUUAAGUACACAGGCCCUUACAGUUCGCAUCCAAACUGCAGCAGCGCUUUUCUGAUUGCCACACAAUUGUCUAAUGUAUGUUUUUUCUUCUCUAUUACCUUAAAUGUAGAUUAUAUAGUUGUGGGUUAAGGAAGCAAAGGUUCUAAUAGCUCAUCUUUAAGCCAAUAAUUCAUCCUUAAAUAUAAAAAACAUGUAACUGGACUUUUAGUAAAGUAUUAAAGUUAAAACAAUAAAAGUUCUGAAAACUUUCAGAAAAAUUUAAAAUAUAAUUAUAUAAUAAACUAACAAAAUAUACAUUUUUCUUUAGUGUAUUUAAAAUUAGUGUACUUAAAAGAUUUCAGUAUAGAGUAUAUAAAGUAUUAGUUGCUUUAUUAUGGAAUAAUAUGUUUUCACAACUUUUUCUAUUAGUCUGCUACUAGUUUCAGAUGAUUUAGUUUUGUGUGUCCCUCAGCACAUUUUUUUAAGGAACAGUGUGGUAAAUAUUCUGAGGAUUUGCAAGGAGCCAGGGUUCUUGUAACUUGUUCAUGUUCGUGUAACUUACAUUGUAGCUGAUGGUGCUGACCAGAAGUAAACAAACUUAUACAUUAGUAAAAUGGUUGACAGGUGUUAUAAGGGUUAUGCUAACAGCAGUGAGCUCAGAGAGAAUCAUAGAGUCCUACUUAAGAGAGUAUCACCAAGGAUGUUCUCAGAGAGUUAACUUUUGACUAGAAUUUCAAACAUGAGAGAGCACAAGAAUUUCAGGCAGAGAAAAGAACAUGUACAAAGGCAAUAAGGUAGGACAGAGGAACAGAGCUUUCUUUGCCAUAUUGAAAGAAAACCAGUGUGACAGGUGGCUAGUGAGUGGGACGGCUGGUAAGUAAUGAAAUGAGGUUUGGGAGACUAGAAGGGGCCAGAAGUACGGUAAGGAGUUUGGAUUUUAUGCUAAGGGCCAACGAAAUGAUUUGAGCAGCAGAAAAAUAGGGAUGAUUUAGUUUGUAGGGUGACUUUAGUUAUUACAGAGAGAAACAGAGGAAGAGGGAGAGAGAGACAGAGAGAGAAGAAGGAGGAGGAGGAGGAGGGGGAGGGGGAAGAAGAGGAGGAAAAGAAACAGCAGCAGCACAGAGACCGUUUAAGACCGGUUCAGAAAUCCAGGCAAUUUAAUGAUAGCAGUAGAGCAAUAUCUAGUUCUAAAUAUAUUUUUCAGGACGAUUCAGUGGAAAUUGGAAAUGUGAUUUCUGGUUUGAGUUUACUUGAUGAAUAGAACUACCAUGUAUCAAGAUGAAAAGGUCUGGAGUAGGGCAGAAUAAUAUGUUUGCUAUAAAUAUGUGGAGUAAUUUGGGACACAUUUAAGUUUAAAAUAUCUAUUAGAUAUUCACAGGAAUACAUUCAGUAAGCAACUGACUCCCUGAAUCUGGGCCUUGGGGCAUGGAUGAUCUGAGCAAAGAGGUAAAUUUAGGAAUUUUCAGCUUAUGUAUGUUUAGUUAGUGGAAAUAAUGGAUUUAUCUAGAAAGAGAAUAUAGGACAAAAGGCCAGGGAUAUAGCUCAGUGGCACAGUGCCUGCUGGGCAAGUGCAAGGUCGUGGGUUCAAUUCCUGGUACCACCUGUGCCCCACAAAAAAAAAAAAAAUUAAAGGAAUUUAGUGUUCUAAAUGAAGGGCAAGAGGACUGAGGACUUGAAUUAUUUUAGAUUAGAUAAAGAAGGAUUGCCCUAAAGGAGACUGGAAAGGAGCAACUAGCAAAGUAGGAGAAAAGCCAAGAGGGGAGCAUGUAUAAGAGAAGAAUUGUGCUCAGUACUGCUCUCCUAGCCAGGACAGUAGUGAGCCUUCCAGAGAAGGAGCUGAGUUGUCAGGCCUUGAUAUCAGGCCAAGAGACCAUGGAUUGAAAGUGAAAUCUCUGCAACAAAACAGCAGAUGUCGGGUUAUAGUUUAUUAAUAAGACAUAGUGUGUACAAUCAAGGAAUGUAAUAAUCUAGAGAACAAAAAACAAAUUCUUAGUUACAAUACAGUGUGAUGGUUGUGGUGAGCUAGGUAAAUAUCAGGUGUUGUGGCAGCUCAGAGUCUGGAGGGAAGGGAGGGACCAUCCUGUAAAGGGACAUCUUUCUAGACACUUUCCAGUUGAGCAGAGACCUCAUUACUCUGAGAUACCUUGUGUAAAGCUAUGAAUCAAAGUUCAUGGGGACAUGGACUUUUAGGAGGUUAUGACAGUCACAACUGUGUCAUUAGAUCUGUAUUUUCUUUUUGUUAACAUCAUCUGUUAGGUCUGUUAUCCACUUUGAAUUAAUUUUAUAUAUGAUACAUAGUGUAAAAUAAGUUCACUUUUGUCUGUGGGUAUUGGAGCCAUGUUUUUACUCAGUGUCUUUUAAUGGAAGAAUUAAAGUCAAACCAAGUUUAAAAGGUUAUAAUAGGCUAUCAGGUUUCUUUGUGUUAUCCUUGACUUGGUAAAUUUGUAGAUUUUUCUAAAACUUUGUAAAAUGUUAUCCUGUGAUUGAACUUCAACCUCAAAUUUCCAGUUUUUCUGCUUAACCAGUAAAAUGUUAUUUUUAUAUUCUUUGGGAACAUACGAUAUACUACGGGUAAUUAUAGAAUACUGUAAUGGGUAGCAGAAGAUAUUGCCAAACCAAAAUUCUGGAACCCAGAUACAUGUACCCAAGUAGAUCACAGUUCCUGGAAAUGAGAAAAGUAAGUAAAAGAGGAACUAAAAAUAAGGUUUUCAUAAGAACUGUUUCCUACUUAUUAUCUAAUCUGUUAGUGAUUUGUUUCCCUUAAUUUAGUUUUUUUUAAAAAAGACUUCAUAAUCAGACCCUAGGAAGAAUCUUUUAAAAAUAUAUGUAUUUCCAGGUGUAAUGUCUACACACCUCUGAUCACAGAACUCUGGGAGGCUGAGACAGGAGAAUCAGAAGUUUGAACCCAACCAGAACAAUUUAGAGAUAGAAUGGAUGAGGAUGCAGUUCAGUUUAAAGAUCCUGAAUUCAGUACUCAGUACUGCAAAAAGAAAAAAAAAAAACAUAAAAAUGUGUUGUAGUGUAUGUAUACACAUACACUGCAUUGGUUUAAAGAAAGAUAGCAGGGAGUAUAGUUUAUUCUGCUGUGUAGCUUUAUUUGGAAAUAAAAUACGGUUUUCUCUUCAGCUAUGAGUCAUUACUUUUAGUGUAGUAAAAAAGAAAAAAACUUAGGGAGUUGAUGCAAGUUUUUUGUAGGCAGUCAUGUCACAUGGGCUUUGGAGUCAGGUGAAUUUGGGUUUUAACCAUUAUUAGUGGGCUGUUUACAAAGAUUAGAGAAAUAAUGUUAACCACCCUAAUGUUCUUAUCUCUAAUACAGUAAUAUUAGUAGCUACCUUUUUCGGGGUGGUUCAGAAGUUUAAGUGAAAUGAAUCAAAUACUGGCACAGUUUUUAACAUAGUAUACAUAUAAUACAUUUUUGCUUCUCUUCCCAGGGCAUUGAUCUUUAAAGUAUAGGGUUAUUGUAUGCAGAACUUAUAAAUGUCUAGGAAGGAGGAAAAUUAGUUUUCAUUAGACUAAGCAAAAUCAUCUAUAAUCCUUUCCUCCAUCUCCCCAGAAUGAUUCAUUUUGUUUUUUUAAAUAAACUUAGUAAUGUUUUGCAGGAGUAUUAGAACUGCAAGAGUUUUACAAGGAGCUUGGAUUUGCUUUUUAUUUACAAAUUCUAUUCUCUGGAAGGGUACAAUAGGUAAGCAUAUAUAAUACUCUAUCAUACUGAAAGAAAUGGUUAGCCACAUUUCGUGUGUUUGUGAUUGCUGGUUAUUAGAAAUCUACUGUUCUUGUAGCUAGUUAUUUGAAAGCUAGUAUCUUCUAAGAUAAAUAUAUUUUGUAGAGAAUAUGGUGUAAGCUAAAAUAUUAGAACAAAAAAUCCUAAAUAAAUUACUUUUGAUUUUUCAAUCUUAAUUCAGUUUUCACAGUUGACCUGGUUUUAAAAUAUAAAACUAGAAUAGAAUAUUUUACAUAUGCCAAAAUGUGAAUCUUUAUUUUUUAACAAACACCUUCAUUUUAAGCUGAAUGGUAAUGGUAAAUACAAGAACUCUUUAAGUUUUAAAACUAGCAAUUUCUUUCAUUCUUUUUUGUUUUAGCAGUUCCACUUUUGUUGCUCUUUAAAAUAUGUAAAUGUGAGACAAGUUUAGAGCAUAAAAGAUUUCUUUCCUCAAUUUAGGAUUGGGUUGUCUUAGAGGCCAGGGAUAUAGCUCAGCAGCAUGCACAAGGUCCUGAGUUCGAUUCCUGACACCAAAAAUCGAUACUAUUAAAAAAACUUUAUUCAUACUAAUUGUGACUUUUUUGAAUAAUUGCAUCACUUUUGUGUAUUUAGAAAAUACUUUGACCUGCCGCUAUCCUUAAAGAAUUAUUUAAUCAGAUUUAAUUAGUUUUUAAUGUCAUUCAUCCCACAAGGUAUUUAUUGAAUAACCAUGUUCCUUACUGUUUUUUGGCAAAGAAUUCAUCAGUGGACAAAAACAACUCCUGUCCUUCCAGACCUUACAUUCUAGGAAGAGACAUCAAACAAAUAUAAAAAUAAAUAUCUAGUAAAGUAUCAAUUUGUGACAAAUGUUAAGAAAAAUUAAAGAGGCCAGAGAGUAAUUGUAAACAAACAUUGAAAAAUUACAUUUUUUUUCAGUUUGAAACCCACAUAUUCUUUGGUUUGCCCUUUAAAAUUUUCUUUUGACUGUUUCUGUUGUUGGUGAAUAGUUUUAAAAGAGAUUAAGAAUUCAUCAUAAAUAUUUUGUACAGUGAUCUAAAAAUUUAGCUCCAACUAGUAAAUUUAGCAUUUAUAAACAUAGAGCAUCUAUAGAGGAAUAAUCACUACUUCUGCAUUUGUGAAAUCUGUAAUUCUGGAGUGGUUUCUUCUUGCACCUGCCCCUGGGGAACCUGUUGAUACAGUACCAACUUACAGAUUAUUACUCAGCUGUACAAGUUUUAUGUGUAGGCAUUUUCUUACAUCUUCCUUUCUAAGUCAGUUGAAGUCUUGUAUUUGUGCCAAGUGAAACAAAUCUCAUACUAAUAAGAAACUAUAAAUAAAUAGUAGGAGCGUGAGUCAGAGCUAGCAUAAUCACCCUUAUUUUUUGUAUAUACAUCACUGGUGCUCCCCAAUAUGUUCACUUUGCACAAACAUAUAGUACUGCAUAACUACUGUCCUACAGACAAACUGUAGUUAUUUAAGUGAUAUUUUUCAGAUCUAAGGUACUGUAAAGAAUUGUGGCAUACUGCUAGACUGAAAAGUAAAAUGUGAAACUCAGUAUGCUGUUGAUGAAGGAAGGAAGGAUUUCUUGCUUUUCCUAUAGAAAGCCCCAAAAAGUUUAGUUCAAAACACUGCUGUUAGAUUUCUAAAAAUGGAUUUUUAUAUGAUACAGCAUAAUCUAGCAAUUUUUCAGGAAAAUAACGAAGAAAAAGCUAGACAUGGUAGCAUAAGCAUAUAAUCUUAGCGUUUUGGAAGGGUAAGACAAGAGAAUUGUGAGUUCAAACCGAGCCUAGGUAAUUUAGUGAGACUCUCUCUAAAAGAAAAACAAGGGACUGAGGUUGUAGCUCAUUGCAAAGGUCCUGGUUCAAUUUACAACAUUGGAAACAACAAAACCAAAAAAAACAUUGCUUGAAAGCCCCAUCUUCUCCUAGGUGGUGCCCUGUCUGAUAAAAUUAUAUCCUGUUUUGCUUCAUUACUUAUUUAGUAAAUUUUCAUUUAACACUCCCUCUUACCAGAGAAUGUAUUAAAACAAAUAAGGUAAAAUCUUUGUUCUCAAGGAAUUUAUAGUAGCAGAGAAAAAUGAACUUGUAAAUUCAAAAUUACAAUACUGUGAUAGGAACUAUAAAAAAGAUAUAAUGCAGAAUAUUGUGAGAUUGCAUAUAAAACUACUACUGUUUAUGAAGUAUUUACUGUCCUAGCUGUUUUAUAUAAAUUAUUUCAUUUAAUCCUUUCAGCAGUUUUAUGAGGUACUUAACUGUGUGCUAGGAACAUUAACUUCAUCAAGGAAGAGGGAGAAGAUUUAUCGGGAAGGUUUUUCAGAAAACAGUUCUUGAGUUGAUUACAGAAGGAUGAGUGUGGUAAGAGUGGGAGGAAGAUGAGGCAGUCUAGCUUUUCACACAGAAAAACACUUGUGCAAAUUCAUGGGACUCCAAAGAUCGCUGUUGUUGCAAUGCAGGGGAGGUCCUGGGAAAUGAAGCACAAAAGAUACAGAUCAUGAAGGAACUUGUAGGCCAUGCUGAAGGAACUUGUAGGCCAUGCUGAAGGAACUUGUAGGCCAUGCUGAAGGAAUUUGAAUCUUAUACUGUAGAAGAUAGAAAUAUGAUCAGACUUGCAUUUCCAGAGGAAAAUGUGUAAGUGUUUGUACAAGGUGUUUAGAGGAGUGUUUUUACUUUUAAAAGUUGGGUUGUUUGUUUGUUUAUUUUUUUCAUUCCUGGGGUUUGAACUUCGGGCCUUGUACGUGCUAGGUAAGCACUCUAUCCCUGAGACAUCCCCAGACUUUUUUUACUAUUAUUUUGAGAUUGGGUCUUACUAAGUUGUCCAGUUUGGCCUUGUGUUAGCCUCCUGUACAGGUGAGAUUCCAGGGUAAUCAUAGCUGGCAGGAAUAUUCCUCUUAAAUCUACCAGUGGUGACUUGUUUAUUAAGCACACACACAGUAAAAACAAAACUAAACUCUAGAAACAUUUUUAUACUUCUAGUUUUGUAACUAUAAAAAUAAUUUAUACAAACAAUUAUAUAAAUUAAGCAUAAAUAAAAUAAUAAAGAUAAAACAUACCUUUUAAUUUGUUUAACAUGUUAUACUUUUCUGAAAUAGUUAUUACAAAUGAAGAUAAUACUAUUUUGGUACAGCUUCUUCAAAUUUUUAAACACUGCAUACUGUCAAGGAUUCAGGGAUAACUUAAUUCUCCAUCUGGUUUUGACUGCUUAAAAUACUUAAAACAAAAACAAAAAGAUGUAACCACUUUGUUCCAUGUGAUUACCAGUUGUUUUGAGGAAAAAGAAAAGGAUACUCAUACCUGAUAGGCUCCUUUCUCUCAUAAUCAUUAAAGAAGUGUUCUUUGUGUUCUCAUAGUCAUGAAAAAAAAAAAACAACUGUUGUUUAUGAAGUUGCAUGACAGUUAUAAUAUGACCCAAAUGUCCUGUUAUAUCAGUUACUUUUAUAAUCAAAAUCUGAAUACACAUAAAAGUUAGGAAACUACUAGAUUCCAAUUUGAGAAGUACAGAACUGAGGAUUCAUUGUUUAUUUAGUUCAAGAAUUUUGUAACAAGAAAGUCAUCAUUGCCAUGGGUAGACAGUCCUUAGCCAAUCCUCUUAAAACAAGGAUCUAGAACCCAGAUAUCAGUAAUUUUUGUUGAAAUCAGUGAUCUUAAGGACCCUCUAGAGAAAUCGUUUUCAAAGUAGACCAAUCUGAUCAUUUGUAAGCUAAAUUGAUGUGAACUAGAUGAAUACAUGGCUUUUGUCUCUGUGUCAUAAGGCUACUAGCAGAAGGCAUUCUGCUGCCAAAUGCACUUUUCAGCCAAGGUAGCCAGUAAACUUUGUGCUUCCUUCACGUGUGCCCUUUGUGAUAUAGCAUCUAAAUACUGGAGAAAUGCAAGACAUUUUUAAAAGCUUGCUUAUAUUCAACUGUAUUUAAAUUACUCAUCACUGCUAAAUAUCAAGGUAGUGAAUAAGCAAAUUAUUUCGUAGUUAGUUUGUAUAUAACUCACAGUUCUCCAUUUCAGAACAUGUGGGGAGGUUUUGGAAUGCUGAUGUCUAUGUUAGUGUAGUAGUGAUUAUCAUGUAGUGAGCAUUUUCUGCAUUGAAGGCACAGCAGUACGUUGUUAUAUGUGUUAACCAAGCUAUUAAUUCUCAAACAACCUUUAUGAGAUAGCCAUUUUUAUAAUGCUUGUUUGGUAAAAAAGGAAAAUGAAGUAAAGAGACAUUAAACAACUUAGCCAGGGUCACACAGCUACUAAAAUAGCAAAGUCAGGAUUUCAGUUUGUCAGGCUAACUUUGUAGCCUUAACCCGAGAUACAUUGCCACUCCUCAUCACUACAUAUUAGAUCUGAGCUCUAGAGAAUUCAAGUGGCAAACUGCAGUUGACAAAAAGACCCUGCAGUGACUACUUCUACAUUUUUUUCUCUGCUCUUACUUGCAGCAGUCUAGGAUAAAGAAUGAAGGAAGGGAAGCACUGUAUUUGUCAAACCUAGAAAUUGGCUCUGGCAGUUUUCUAAGUUACUACAUUGUAAAACUAAGCAUUUUAUGAUUCUCGCCAGAGGGUAUUUCUAAGUGGUAUAUGAAUCCAUUGGGUUAGGUAAUUUAAAGUCCAUUGCAAUCCAGAGAUGAUGAAUUCUGUAAAUAUAAGGAAAUAAUACCACCCAUCAAAGCCUUAAAAUGAUCUAGAUUAAAACCAUCGAUUGUAUUUUCCCUAACUUUUAUAAAGAAAUCAGUGCAGAAUUGUAUUUUGAAGAAUUAAAUCCCAGUCUAUAGCUCAAGCUCCUAUUAUAUGUAAUAGUUGACACACAGCGUUAGAAUAGUUCUAUAAAUAGAAUUCACACAUAAGGCAAAGAAUUUCUUCUUCACAAGGAGUAAUUUCAGAAGUGCAGAUCUAUAAAGGAUAAAUCUGACCUAUAGGAUUUAUAAAUGCCGUACAGCUACAGGCAUUCCUAAAAGCAAGGUGGUGUGUCAGUUAACUGGCACUGGUACAUAAGGAACACUGUUGGCUGAGGGCAAGGAGAAGCUGACCCGCACAGCAUCACAUUCUGCACAGCUGUCCCAGGCAUCUUCCACCUGUUAGUGCUCAGUAUUAAUUUCAUGCAUCAAAUCAAGGCAUCAAACUGCAUUACAAGCUUUUUAAAAACCAACUGCUGCUUGCUGAUAGUUGAUAGGAAGGAAAAAUGAGCUGUUAUUUUCCUAUCAUCCAUUAUUCAUGUUAAGGACAGGAAAAAUAUUAUAAAUAAAUAAAAUCUUUCAUCAUACUGGAAGAGAGGACAGCUGAAUCCCCUAAAGGAUUUUCUAUUCUGUCAUCAGACAGCUAAAGAAAACAAUUCUAUAUAAAUGGCUAGAUUAGUCAGUGCUAUAACGUAAGCAGAAAGAAACCCAGUUCUCUAAGAGAGCAAUAAGAAAUAUUUAUAUUUUUAAAAUAGGAUAACCAUUUUUAAACCAUAUACACCAUUGAGGAUGUUAUGGCUAUCAAAAUUUUCCAUUAUAAUUUUAAUUACUGAAGUUAUGAAGAAAAUCAAGAGAUGGGAAAAUCAUGGUCAUGUUUUGAAUUAUUUUCUUUCUGUGUCUUCUAGCCCUAGCUAAGUUCCCUGAGGUUAAAUGUAAACAUGUGUGUCUAAAAACCAUGUGUUCAGUAUCUAAAUCACCUCUUGUGGAAGGUUUCCCUUAAAAAAAAGAAAGUUAUAGAGUAUUGAAUUCUAACUUUUUUUAAAUCUCUACAUACAAACCAUAUUAGGUACUAUUAAUUUAACUUUCUCAAAUUCACUUUAUGCUUUUCAGCCUCAUUACCACUUCAUUAAGUGAGGGUAGUUUUAUUACUUGGACUGUGGAAGUCAUUUUUCUCUAGUCUCUUUUUCAAACAAACCUCUACCUGUCAUAUUUUCUAAGUGUAUUUUCCCCUGCUUAAAUUACUUGAUUGUCAUUUAUUAAAGUUUCUUUAAGCAUGGCAAGUAGGGACUGGCCUACUUGGGCUUGGACUUCUCUUGCCUCAUUUCCUAGCACUUUCCUGUGUACUUGGGAUCCAUUAUCCCAGUAGUUCCCCAGAACUUCAUCUACAUGAACAAUAAUCCACACUUAUUCUUAGCUUCACUUUCCAUAAUUUCAGUUAUCUGAGAUUAAUCACAGCCUGAAAAGAUUCAGUGGAAAAGCCCAGAAAUAAAUGAUUUAUAAGUUGUAAAUUUAAAAAGUUGUUUAUAAGUUGUAAACAUGAUUCUGAAAGCAUAAUGAAGUUUCAUGCUGUCCCACUAUAACUGUGCUGUACUUAACUAUAUUACCUACCUGUUAGUCACAGAGUAGCUGUCUGAGUUGCUGGGUCAACUGCGUUUGUGUCACAGUACUUGUAUUUCAGUAACCCUUUGCGGUCACUUAACUGUCAUCACAAGGCCUGUCAAUCACUUCCCUUCAUCUACAUCACAUCAUCUCAUGUAGGCAUUACAUCAUCUCUUAUUAUCACAGCAGGAUGAGUACAAUACAGUGAGAUAUUUUGAGAGAGAUCAAGUUCCCUUAACUUUAUUGUUACAGUUUAUUAUAAUUGUUCAAUAAGACCUUAUCAUAGGUAUGUAUAUAUGUGUAGGAAAAAAUAGAGUCUAUAUAAAGUUCAGUACCUCUGUAGCUUCAGGCAUCUUUUGAAGAAUAUCUUCUUGGAAUACGUCUCCCAAGGAUGAAGUGGGACUACAUACAUAUCCUGAUUCCUUCCUACAGACAUAAAAGUCCCUCCACUGCAUACAUCUUUAUCACACUCUUGCCAGAUUUGAAGCAAGUUGAACACAGAAACCAUCUUUGAAUUUCUUGCUCCUAAUUAUGCUGAACACAGUUCACUUGACCACAAUUUGCUAUGGUUAGUGUAGGUAUCUUAAAACAGCAAAUGUGUCGUUGAAGUUAUGAUGUAUCUUCCAGAUCCCCCUUCAAGACCAAAGGAUUAUUUCUAACAUGUGAAAGUCCAGCUGCCAGACUACUCUUUUCAGGAACUGACUUGUCUCCAACUCUGAGUAACAGUUCCUCACUGGGUCGACUGAGGCCUUAAAAUUAAAGUCAGCUUCCCUUUGCUGUCACUUCCUUUCCACAGGAGUUUUUUCUCGAGUCCCUAAUAAAUUCCAUGUGGCUUAGAUAGGAACGCAACCUGUAACAUUUUGCUUUAUUGAUACUCUCAAAUUCUGUAUUCAUGUGAAGUUAUAGUUAGCCAACAUCAUUUCAUCAGACAUAUUCAAUGAGCACUAUCUCAUACCAGGCAUUAUGAUAGAUAUUUUGAAGCAGAUUAAGAUUUAGCUUUUGCCUUGGAGGAGUUUAUAGUCUGAGGUGACAACUGCAUAUGAAAUUAGUUACACUGUAACAUAUUUAGAAUGAUCUCUUUAAUUAACUUUAAUAAUUACAAGUCAAAGUCAUGGACUUUGUGGUAUUUUGUAGACCAAAAGAAAACUGUUUCAGGGAAAGAAGGAAUACAAGUAAGCAGUCUGAAAUUAAGAUGAUUACAGAAGUUGUCUUUAUAAUUCCAAAAACCUUUAGGAGAAAGGAUUUUAAAAACUUUUUAUUUUGAAAUAAUUGUGGUUUCAAGCUUAAAGAAAAGCCGUAAGACUAAUACUAAACUCCCGUACAUCCUUUAUCAUUUGCUGUCGGUCUUUACACGUGGACAUACACACAGUUGUCUGUACCAUGUGAAAACAGACGAAAUGCAUUCUCUCCUCAUUUAAUACAGCAGUAUUUAUCUCCUAAAAAUAAAGAUAUUUGGAACUACGGUGCCAUUAUCAGAUUGAGGAAAUAUGACCUUGAUACUUCAAUCUAAUACCUGAUUCAAAUUUGUUAAUUAUCCCCCCAAAGGUGAGCGUUUUUGUUGUUUGGGGCUGGAGAUUGAACUGAGAGCCUCAUUCAUGUACUUUUUCAUUGUACACUUUCAACUCAUAAAGAUGAGUUUUAAGAACCAUUUAACAAUAUUUGUAAUUUAAAAAUCAUAAGCUAUAGAAAAUCAUAGAAGUUUGUGGUGAUUGAAGAACUGCCUCUGAGUUAAGGAGAAAGCAUGUAAGAUUACCUAUAGAGAUGGGACUUAGGUCUCCCCAGAAGAAAGUCUUAUUACUGGACAACUCAUUUGUGAAGUACGUUUCCCAAGAGAUUAUUUGUUCUGUAUGCAGAGAUUUCAGAUUUAUUUGAGCUUCAUGGAAGUAGACCAAUUUACAGCAAAGGGCCUAACAGCAUUCCUGGGAAAUGCCAUUUUUGUUUGGGGUUUCCCCCAGUAAAUACAUAUAGGAGUGAUGAUUCUGGGAAACAUGUCUUGCUGGGUCUCACUAACUUGUGGUUCCACAGUAACUUGGUGGGCAAGGACACCCAACCACCUGCCGAAGACUCCCACAGGGGACUGGUUGGCUGUGGGCGGCUGGAGCUCCGCCCCCCACGUCACUUCCUGUGGGUCUGUUGGGAGUUGGUGGCGGUAGCCAUGGCUUAAGUCCAGCCUGCAAAAGAGAGCCCCAGGUCGUACUUACCCUAACUUCGACGCCUUUGGAAGCAUGGCUUCCUCUCUGAAGCUAGAGCAGGACAUGCAAGGCAAAGUGGAUUCGUUUCGGGCUCGUAUCGCCCAGGAGGCCGAGGAUCUGGUAUCCAUCUUCUUUCCUCAAAAGCUGUCCGAGCUGGAUAGCCAGGUCCAGGAGCUCUGGCUACAGGAUCUGUCUCGAAUCCGUUCAGUGCCAGCCCCAGAGCCCCAGGCCACCCCAGACACCGCAGGAGAUGGGCCCAACCGGGAUCCGCUGCCUCUCCAGCCUCAGGCCUCAGGCAAAGUACCUGCACUGCCCAGCAAAGAGGGAUACCUGCUUCGGAGCAAUCAGCAUCUCGUGGAGUUGAUUGAGCGGGUCAAGCCUGAGAUUGAGCUGUUGAGAGAGAAGUGCAACACGGUGCGCAUGUGGGUCCAGCUGCUCAUCCCAAAGGUGGAGGACGGCAAUAACUUUGGAGUGUCUAUCCAGGAGGACACCGUAGACCAGCUGUGGACUGUGGAGAGCACUGCCACCUCCUAUCUACGCCGCUUCUCCACCUACUAUAACACCCGGGCCAAGUUGGUGUCCAAGUUAGUGAAGUACCCUCAAGUGGAAGAUUAUCUCCGCACCAUAGCGGAGGUCGACGAAAAUGAGUACCUGAGUGUGCGCCAGAUCUUAGUGCACGUCCGGAACCAGUAUGCUACCUUGCAUGAUGUCAUCCUCAAGAACAUGGAGAAGAUCAAGACCCCGCGGAGCACCAACACUGACAACCUGUACUGAGGACCUGCCACCCACUUUACUCUGGGCGUUGGCUGAGCCGUGUAGACAGCAGGAUGGUUAAUAAUGUUAAUAAUGACUCUGCAGAUGGCGAAAGGACUGGAAAAUGUGUGUUACUUUUUAGUUACAAUUUCAUGGAGCUUACACAUGCUAAAUCCUCUUUUAGUAUAAAUUUUGAUUUUUCCUUUCAGGGGACAAUGGAGAGAAACUGUCUGAUAGAACGUAGUAAGAUUAGCCAAAUAGAAAGGACUGCCAUUUUAAAAAGCAGCUUUGUAAGUAAACAUUGGUCCAAGUUUCCUUAUUACAUUGAUGACAUUGAAUAGUUCCAAGAGAUUACUUAAAAGCCAGUUUAUAGAAAAUUAAAUGAAGCUCUUCCUUAUGUUCUGCUAAAUGUUACUUGUUCAAAACUCGUAUGUUCCUUUUACAUUAUCAUUGGCUUUUUUUUGCAAAGAAAGGAGUUUAAAGGUAUGUGUUUGUCAUUGUAUGACUAGCAGAUUGAAAUAAAAUGUAAUUUUAAAAUUCUAAUGGCCUACUGUGCGUAACUGAACUUUAAUUUUCAGAAAUAUGGGGUUUCCCUCCUCUUCCUUGCUAGUUUUCAACGGAUGAGAAUCGAUUUUAAUUUUUCUAGAAAAAUGGGUUUCUGCUUUCUUAGAAGGAAACAAAAUCUGAAAAAUGACUUCCUUACAUAAACUUCUACCAUUUCAGCGUCUCUCAGCUUCCUUUUCUCACAGUUUAGAAUUUCUUCAUAUCCACUUUCUCACAAGUCCAUAAUAAAUCCUUCAAGCUUUAUGUCACAUUUACUUUUUUUCUCCCGUAGUUGAUUUUCAUGUCUCUUCUCCUUUUGUCUCUUAAGCUGUUUCUUACAGGCUGCCAUUAGAAUUUCCCUUUUCCAUCAUCUGAGUCAUUCUCUAAAGAUUCUAAAAUGCAACUGGUUCAUCUCCUCUCUCAUCUUCUCUCUGCCUUGUUGAGGAAAAAUCCUUUUUUAGUAUUUUUGUCUUGUCUUGCUGUGUAGUUCAAACUGGCCUUGAGCUCACUCUGUAGUAGUUUAUCAUUUCCAGAUUUCAUUUUCAGGUAAGGUAAAUUAUUGCACUGUGAGUCACCUCAUGCACCACGGAGAGUAGUAGCUUAUGUGGAUGUGAUGAAUAAACACUUGUUCAAAAAUACUUUUUAUUCAGAAUUUCGUUUCUGAUGGCAAAGGCACAUUAGCCAAAUGUAUUUCUUCAAAACAUCUUUGUCUCAGCAUAAUUUGAGGAUAUUCGUCACUCAGCAUUAUCUGUGGACACUAUAUAAAUUUUAUAAAAGGGUAGGAAUUAUUUUUGAUGCCCUAUUAUAUGUAGCCACGAUUAUUUCUGAGCACAAUUGACAAUUCUUUUCCCAUUUAGCUAACUGGACCAUGCCCUGAGUUCUUAUGAUAUUUUAAAUUUAGCAUUAUAAAGUAUAUCCAUAAUCUUUUAAAUAUAUUUAUUAUUUGCAUGCAAUAAAUUAUUUCUUGUUCCAAUUUUAGUAUAUGUACUGCCAAAGCAAGCACAUUAGUUGUCAAAUGAAUUUUUUGUAGGAAAAUUAUGAAGGAUUACAUUAUUAUUUUUUUUGUAUGUGUAAGACAUGAGAAUGUAUUUCCUAUGGAGAUUUCUUUCCCACAUAAAGAUCUUGAAAGUAGGUUGCAUAUAAACUGUUUGUAAUCCCAGGCUUUUUUUUUUUUUUUUUUUUUUUUUUUUUGCUAAGAAAAUAUGCAAGUCUUUUGUAGUUAAAGAUUUUUGACAUUUGCAUUUUGUUCUUUGUUCUAACACUAUAUCACUAAAUUGUUGGUGGAAUCUUUUUAUACAGUACCUACUUUUGCAGCAAUUCCUUUGUGAUUUUCCCCUUUAUUGCAAAUGGUUGGAAAAACUUUUAUAGUAAUAAACUUACUUUAGGAACUAUGUUAAACUUGGUAUUCAGUAUGAAUCAUUUGUCUGCUAUUAAUACCAGAGAAGUAAAGCCCCAUUUUGUCCCUGUUGAAAAGACAGAGAGACAGGCAGACAGACAAAAUAUGAAUAUUUCUAGUCUACCAAAAAAUAUAUACACAAUUCUGGAAAGGAAAACAUUGUAUAACUAUUUUAAUACUAAAUUGAUUGACAUAUCAUGAAAUUAAUGCAGGUUGUCACUUUGGUCAUUAAGAUUGCUACCCAUGCAUUUUCAGUUUCUUCUCUUAGGUGCCAGCAGAGUAGAGGGUUUUCUGUGAUACACCACAUCCUUUAGCAUCCCCCAUAUGAAACUAACACUUUCUGCUGUAAAAACAUCAUACUAUUUUGCUUUUCCUGAAGUGUAUAUACAUUUUUUAAAAGAAGUAUUAAAGACUCAUUUUGGAAUUAAAUGAUUUUAGUGUUAAAUUCUUUCUGUAAUUCAUAAACACUGCUAAUAUUUGAUUGGAAACUUCAAGGUUAAUAGUUCUGAAUUUUUCAAAAUCAGUAAAAUACUUUUCUAUACUUGGUCGUAGCCAACAGACUAAAAAAUGAUGAAAUAGCUUUCUUAAAUCAUAUCCAUAAUGUUUAAGUUCUUAGAUUUUUAAACUUAGAAUUUUAAAAAAAAAUUGGUUGUUUAUAAACUAUUUCUUGAUUUUCAGGGGCAACUUUUUUUGGUAGUUUCUAAUAACUUAUCAUACUGUAUUUUCAUGAAAUUCUAAUUACAUGAUUUGAGCCACCAAUAGAUAAAUAUAUUUGACCAAUUAAAAUAAAAAAUUUUUGGAAAGGAUAGCCUCACUGCUCAGAAAUUGCAAAUGGGGAAAAAAUCGUAGCUCACUAGUCUAAUAAAAUUAUUGAAACAUCCAGGUUGUGGUGGUGCACACCUGUAAUCUCAGGACUCACAAGGCUGAGGCAGGAGGAUAGUUGCAAGUUUGAGACCAUCCUGGGCUACAAAGUGAGCUCAAGGCUGGCCUAAACUGUAUAGUGAGACUCUGUCUCAAAGACAACAAUUUUUAUUUUAUUUUAAAUUUACUUAAUAAAUUCAUAUAUUUAAUUUAUUUUAAAGAUGCAUAUGUAUUUGUGUAUUAUAAUAAGAUAAUAUAUGCACUUUUUGCAUAACAUAUACAUAAGUAUAUCUAAUCUGCUUUAAUAUUAUACAUUUAUUUACUAUCUCUAGAUCCAGAUACGUCCCCAUUCAUUUUGUCUUCUAAAGAUUCUUAAAUCUCUCUUUCCUAAUUUUGAGAAUACUUGUCUAAAACUAAUAUUUGUUUUUGUUAGAAUGAGAAAUUAGAGACACAGUAACAAGAAGAGCAUGUGAACAGAACACUAUGAGAAUGUCUAAAUAAUUAUAUAAAAUUUCACUCUUUAGUUUUUUUCUUCUGUUCUGGGAAUCAAACUCAGGACCUCCCACAGUUAGGCAAGGGUCUACCCCUGAGCUCACACCCCCAGGGCUAUUCUGCUUUUAAUAUAAGUGUAAUUGUUUCAUAAUUUAACGCUUUAUCCUCUCCUCUUCCUCAGUAAAGUGUUUAAUUUAUCUAUAAAGCAUGUCCAACAGGACAAGAGUGUAGUUCAUGAGGAGAGUACUUACCUAGCACACUUGAGGCCCUAGGUUUGGUCCCUGGUGCCAGGACAGCUAGGAAGAAUGAAGGAAUGAAGAGAGAGAAGGCGGGAGGGAGAAGGAAGGGGAGGGAAGGGAAGGGAGCGAUCACAUUAUCUCAGACUCAUCCCAUGCGUUGUUUCUGCAUCUGUGGUUUGUUAUGAGUAGGAGAGACUCCUGGUUUCUAUAAACAUUUAGACAUUUCUGAAAAUGCUGUUUUACAUUAUAAGGAAUUAAAAAUAAUUUUAGUGGCACUGCACAGUAGCCACGACUGUAAUUGCAGCCACUUACACUUAGGUGGCUGAGGCAAGAGGAUUGCACACCCAAGGCCAGCCUGGGAAACUUACCCAGACCUGUCUAAAAAUUUAAAAGUUUUUGGAGUGUGAUUCAGGGACAUUGUGCUUACCUAGCAUGUGUGAAGCCUUGGCUUCAAGCCCCAGUACCAUGUAAACACAACUACUGAUCUUUUUGAAAACACAAAGGGCCUAGUGAGUUACAGAAACUUGUUGGACUCUUUUAUUUUUUUAAACAUGAGAACAGUAUAUGAUUAACACAUAUAAAUAAUUGCCCACCUUGAACAGAAAUUACCUGUGGGAAGCAGGUUUUAUAGAAGUUUCAUUUGUCCUCCUCCCCGGCUUGCCUUCAUCUCACAGCGCCCUCCUGCUCUGGGAUCACAGAUAGCCAUCACCACACUCAGCUCUUUACUUGUCUUUUCAUCAACAGUUGCGCUCUCUUCUAGAUAAUUAUAUGUUUUUUUCUUUGUUUUCUUUAUUUUGAUGAGUCUUUGGGUUCCUAAAUGUCAGUAGCAGAACUUUAUCAGUGAAGCUUAGUGUUCCAGUCAUUUAAAUUUAAAAUAUUUCCCUACUGGGCAGAGUUGAACAAGUUCUUUCACAUAGAGAAUGUCAAGUGUUAUUUUUACUUACUGGUAAAAAAUUUUCUGAAACUGCUGAACAGGAAUUGAAUCGGCUUUAAGGAGAAUUAGAUUUCUUUUACAAUUUGGCCAUUCAUUUCAGCUUUAUUGUUGAAUUUUUUUUUUUUACAAAGUUUUUCAACAGUACAUUGAAAAUAAUAUUUGCUUUAAAUAAUCCUACUUUUGAAGUGUAAAGCAUUUUGAAAUUCUUGAAUAAUAUAUAUAGUUUUCUCAUUAAAUUUUUGAGACUUAGAGGUAUAGUUCCAAUCCCCUUACUUUACAGGUGGAGGAAUUUAGGCCCAGAAAGUUACAGAACAUCAUACAACUUAAUUGUCCCAAAGCAAAGUCUAGAAAUCAAAUUGUCAAAUCUAUUAUAGGGUAGUGAGUAGUGCUGUUUUAACUGCACUCUCCUACCUUCGUACUAUCAAUAAAUGAAAUUAUAUUUAAAAACCUUUACAAAUAUAUAGACCAUCUAGGCAUGGUUUUUAAAUUAUAUUUAAAAACCUUUACAAAUAUAUAGACCACACGCCUAUAAAUGCAACAGUAAGAAGGCUGAGGCAGGAGGAUCACCACAAGUUUGAGGCCAGAGAAUUCAAGACCAGCUUGAACUACAUAGCAAAAUUCUAUCUCCGAAAACCAAAAGGAGGUGGGGGCCAAGCCCAUAAAUUUCAAUAGAUUAAUAUAACAUCCUCUCCAAGUAGUGCAUUUUAUUUUGAGCAGUUGAUGUGCAUCUGUGCCAGAAUGGAAUGUAUUUUUAUUUUGGUGAACAUUAUAUUUUAAAAAGUGAGGUUCAGAGUUUUAAUUCCCUGUUCAAAAAAAAAGUAACACAUAAGUUUAUAUUUUAAAUAUGACUUUAUUUGUUCAUAAAAAUUGCUGCCUACUAAAACAAAGCCCAGAAACUUCAGUACACCCCAGCUUCACAUCUAUCUAGAGAGGAAUUUUUCUGCAUCAUCAGUAAUGCCCUUUGUAUUGGUGUUAGACGGUGCUAUUAGAGCAAUUGGAUGGGCCAGGAAAGCUCUAGUACAAAAACCUAUUUAUUUCACUUCUGCUAUGUGGGCUUAAAAUAUUCUAUGACCCCCAGCCCCUUUUCUACCAUAAAACUGCUAAGUGGAUUUCUCAUGGUUCUUGCUUCUAAACAGUCACAGAGUAAAGAGCGAAAGCUGAGGGGCCAUAGUUUUUCUUAGGAAGGAAGCUGAAAGGGCCAUUUCCCAAAAGAAGUUUAUUCUCUAAAAUUGUAGUUAAUACAGCAGCCAAUGGACUUGAAAUAUGACUAGCCCUAAUUUAAAUGUGCUGUAAGUAUAAAGUACAAUGCACAGCAGUCGUUAUGUUGACUACAUGUUGAAUAAUAAUAUUUUGGGCAUAAGGGUUAAAGUAAUUACUAAAAUCAGUUUCACCCAUUUCUUUUUACUUUUGUUGUAUGCACUUAAGUUUUAGAGUUACAUCUCUGGCUUCCAUUUAUGGCUCACAAAUUAUUUCUACUAAACAAACAAUAUUCUAAAACUAAGAUUGCUGAGCAGAGCCAAAGCCUCUUAUAAUGGUAUUUUGGAGACAUGGUACACUAUUAAAUGUAGAUUUUUUUUUUUUUUUCUUGAGACAGGGUCUCACUAUCCUUGAACUCACUGAAAACAUCAUGUAGCUGAGGCCGGCCGCAAAUUCACAGCAGUCUUCCUGAUUCAGCCUCCCAAGUGCUAGGGUUACAGAUGUGAACCUCCAUGCCCAGUGUCAUCCAGUUCCUAAUCUACAAUUCUGUAAAAGCCACUCAGAGAGGCUUAAUUUUGUGGACCAAGGUCAAAGUCUAAAUUAUCUUUGGAACGGAAAAUGCCUGGAGGAAUAGAGGGCCAAACCUGCCCCUUAGCAUACCUAUCAGGCUGUUCUCAAAGAAAUGCUGUGGUUCCACUGAGUUCUGUUGUUUCACUUUAUUACAACUCAGCAUGUCCAUAUGAGUGUAGCUGUACUGAAGGGUAUGUAACAAUGCUGAUGGACAUCUACAAAGCUGACUCAGAAUAGAGGCUGAUUAAGUUUUUACACGAUUUCCCAGCUUUAAUUUUCUUUUCAUAUCACAGUAUGGUGACUAUUUUAAGACACUCCAGACAGUUCUCCUGUAAUGUUUUCUGUGAUUUCAAUAUUCACCCAGUACCAGCUGCAGGUUAUUGCAAACAUCUGUACUGAUCCUUAUGCUGUAAUAGCCCAGUUAAAAACAACUCUGUUACCCUGUUAGCAACCUGAGUAAUUCUGUACUGUUUUUCUAACCAAGGGUUAGGUAGAAAUAAGUCUGUUAAAGAGUAAAGAAUCUGGAACUCGCUUUUCUAAACAGAUUCUUUGUACUCAUGAACAUACUGCUUUAGUUGCCCUUCCAGAUUUCUAUAUGUAAGAAGUUAGUUUCUUAAAUCCUUAAAAAUUAGUUUGUUUAGCACUUAGGCACUCCUUUAAGUUUAUUAAACCUUACAAGUAAAUCUAUAUUUAUAUUUAUUAUAUUUGUCUAUACAAAACAUUUUGAGUAAACAUUAUUUUAUGUAUUUUAAAUAGUUAAAUAGAUGAAGCACAGUGAACUCAACACUCCAGUAUUUAAUUCCUCUACUCCUUGUACAUUGAUGAAACUUUUCUCUGCUAUUUUUCUAUAUUUUAUGCAUAAAGAACAGCCACAGAAUUUUUUAAUCCAUUACUUACAUAUUCUACAGCUUAUUCCAGUACUACUGUUAUUUAGAACUGAAGAAACUUGACAGACUGUAUUGUUAUCUUUGAGGAGUUGUACACAAAUUUUACUUAUAAAUAACAACACGAAAAGGCAUCUCUUAGAAAACCAUUUUUAUGAACUUGUUGCAUUAGAGGUCAGUAUUUUCAAUAAGAAGCUGAUACAUCAUACAUAAUGUUUUGCAUUUAAACUCUUUUCCGCUUUGUUUUGUUUGUUUGUUUGUUUUUUGUAUCAGGGAUCAAACUCACAACCUUGCACUUACGCUACUAAGCUAAAUCCCAGCCCCUAAACUCUCUCUCAUUGUAUUGAUAGAACUCUAAAGACCAGCUAGUGUCAUGUGUCUAUAUUUAGAGACACAUGAACUUAAGCAUUAGCUAAAGCAUGUAAGACAUGUUCAGUGUGUAUCCCAGACUAGCCUCUAAGUCACAGGGAUCCUCUUGCCUCCCCAGUGCUGAGAAUAUAGACAUGUGUGACCAUGCGUGGCUUCGAGACAUGCUCAUUGCAUAAAAGUUUGGGGGAAAAAACUAUCAUUAGCUAUAGAAGAAAAAUUUAGUUGUUGAGAUUUGAAACAGAAAAUUAAAGAAUGACAUUGUAAGCUGAAAAAUAAAAACUUUUAAAUAAAAGCAAAAGCUACAGAAGCUGUCAUAGAAAUAUUACGUUAUUCAUAUUCCUUUUAGUUUUCCCAUUUCUACCUUAGAAAGCAUUUAAAUUUAUUAUAAAAGGUUAAAUUUAAAGGUUCUGCAUAUAAAAUAAAUCUGAGGAUUUUAGUGUUAUUUUACAGUAAUGUUAUAUGUUUGACCUCUUAAAUUAAUUUGAACAUUUUAAACCUAUAUUUAUAUAAAAAGCUUAUUGAUGUUCCUUUUAAUGAAUUAAUGCCAGAAUGUAGUUACUCCUUUAAUUAUGUAGUUUAAUCUCUUUAAAACUUCACUAAGUUCUAGAUUAACUAAAUUUACUCUGAAAUAGUUUGGAAAUUUUAAGCUAUACUAUUCUUUCAGAUUAGUGGCUGAUUUAUUUUCUUAGAUAUGAUCUUGAUUUUUCAGGAUGCAGUAUUUUUUUAUUAAACCAUAAAAUGGUACUGUUUUAUUGGUUAAUAUAUUCUGAUGUUUUAUUUAUCUGUUUUGUUUGAAUGUAUAUAAAGCUCUUUCUGUACAUGUUCUUGUGUUCUGUUAUUAUUAAUACUCCUAUUAACCUAUGUCUAAAAGUACUUUUAAUGUACAAUCCUAACAUUAUUAUGAUAUUUUAUAAACCAUUAUGUCAUUCACUUGUACAUAUUUCUGUCCUGUUAACCAACAAACAUUAUUCUUACCGAUUAUAAAAUAGGUUGUAUUUGUCAUAUAUAUGAAAUAUUUUAUCAACUUAUGUGAAGCAAUUUUUAAAACUAGUUAAUAUUGAUACAUUCUUCAUUCUCAGCAUUUACUAACAGAACUUAAGUAUGUCUUAAGCUAUUGGUUUCAUAUUAAUAGUUUUUGAAAUAUUAAUGUAACAUUCUAUAAUAUAGUUGCACAUUAAUGUUAUAGUCUAUCAUUCAACAUUCUACAUUAGAGAGAUUUUUAUUUCUUAUCAAAGUUUUGUAUUCUCAGAGUUGUGAGAAGAUCAUACAGUGGUCAUUCUUGGAUCUUCUGUCCGUAGUGGUGUAUCAUAUAUUUAUGUUAUUUUUGUUAAUAUAGAAAAUUAUUUAAUUAAAAAUUUUAUUCAUAAAGAAGGCAUUUUCUAGGAGCCAUGAAAACAAUAGAUACAAAGAUUUAGAAGAAAUUUCCCACUAUUCCUAACUUACAAUAUACAAGAAUAAUUACUGAUAUAUAAGACCACAUAUCUUAUUGAUUUCUACCUGUUUUGAUUUUAACAUGUGAUUAUUAGGGUUGUUCACAUAAUUACAUUUUAGAGUCUAACUGAUAAAUUUGAAGUAAUUUUCAUUAUUGAUAUGAAGUUACUUUAGUUCACUUUGAUUUGCAAUCAUCUUUUGAUCUUACUUUUUUACAAUUGAUUACUUGUUUGUCAUUCAUAGAAAUUGUAGGCUCUACAGAUUACUUAUGAUGACACUUUUUUAUUGUUCUGAUCAUUUGUGACUUAAAGUGCUAAAAACACAGUGUACCUUUCUGACCAGAAGUACACAAAAAAAGAGAGCAGAAAUGCGUUAACAUAUAUUUCCUGAUAGAUAAUUAUGUUUAUUAAGUUGUUGGAUAUUGAUUUCCUUUUAUUUAGGGAUAUUCCAGAAAUCUACUUAGGUAGUGGGCAGAAUCCAUUACUCUCAGCAAUUUGAUCAAAUACCUUUCGUAAAUGAAUUUUACUUUUCAAUUUUACCAUCUCAGUGUCACUUGAUAAUUUUAGAAAUACUUUUUUUUUUAUUUGAAGGUUGUUGGAAUAUUGGAAUAAAAUUGUGCUUGAUACAGCUAGGUCUAAGUCAUUGCUGGAUUCAUUUUGGUAUUGGUUUUCCCGUCACAGGAAAAAAAAAAAAAAAAGACAUUCCAGACACAGGGAACCUCAUUGCAAAGUUAAGUGCAUGAAAGGAUGUGGUGUCAAAGACAGGAGGUAAUAAGAGUUUAUUAAAAUUCAGGAAGAAUUGUACAGGAUUGUAAGGUUGGUGAAGUUGCAACCAGAUUUGCAGUUUAUUGAAUGUCCUCAUUUCAGUACAUUCUAUAUUGAUAUGGUGUUUCAAUGUUACAUUGUAUUGGCUUAUGUUUAGAUAUACCCCCGAAAGCCUCAUGUGGUCACAGAUGGGGCUCUUUUGGAGGCGCCUGGAUCUAGAAUGUGUAACACUGGAAUUGAUUCAUGGUGCAAUGCUAGGAUUAAGGAUGCUAGAAGUAAGGGUGUGAGUGCUACCUGCUCUACGUAGUCUGGAUAAGAUAAAAGAGGCAGAAAGAUGCUCUCACGGUUGCUUGUUGUUUUAGCUACCUUCUGUCCACCAUGAACUAUUAUCCUCCUGCUUGUGCCAUCCUGCCUGGGAGCCAGCCAGCUAUGGACCGAAACAUCUGUAGACUGUGAGCUACAUAAGCGUUUCCUCCUUUAACUUUGAGUGUCAGGUAUUUUGUCUCAGUCAUAAGAAAAGUAACUAAAACAGAAUUUGGUACCAGAGUGUGGGGUUAUUGCUGUGACUAUUCCUGACUAUGUGGUUCAGGGGCCUUUGGGACUGGCUUGUAGGAAGAGGUUGUAAAGAUUCAAAGAUGCUUCCUGAAAGAAUAGAGCUGGGACACCUUAGCCUGUACUUGAUAGGAGAUUCUAUUCAGAGCUCAGAAGACCAGAAAGCUGAUUUUAAAAAUCUGUUGGUAAAGACUGGGCUUAGGAGCUUUCUCCUGGGAAGAAAGAUUGCACUGGUUAUUGGACUCCAGACUGUGUGUGUUCUAGCUUGGGUGAAAGUUUGUCUGCAUUGUACUUGUUCCAGAGACUUCACCUGAGACUAAAGUUAAGGGUAUUGGGCUAAUUAAUCUUGCAGAAGAAAUUUCAAGGCAUUCUAAUGUUGAAGUUGUAGCACGGCUACUGUUGGGGACUUUUAACCAGAUUUGUAUUGAGAAUCAAGAGCAAAGAGCCUGAAAGGAAGAUUUAAAAGAAGCUCUAGAAAAGUUGCGGCCUGCAAAGAUGGAACAGAGGAGAACCUGGUCACUGAAAAGUAUAGCAAGGAAAAAGCCAAGUUCAUAAGAAGAUAACAGAAAAGAUAGCCUGAAGAUAUCAGAAAAACCAGCAGGACUCAGGCCUUUGCAACCUCAAAAUCACUAAGGUGAAAGAAUUCGCUUUGAGAAGAGAGCCUUAGAGCACCGUAAUUCAGAAUAUUGGUGGCCUAGAAAGUUCAUUCCUCAGGAUUUGUCUCAGAGUACUCAGUGAUCCAGGCUCUCGACCCCUGCAACCAAGAGAGAGGAAAGCCUGACUACUACGUUAGCUGGCAUCAUCUAUGUGUUGCUGGUUUUAGUUCAUAUAGAAGGCGAGUGUUGUGGGGUGAAGAAGGCUUCCACCCAGAUUUCAGAAGAAGGCCUGGGAUUGCAGGCAGUGUGCUCCCAAGAAGGCAGUGUAUGAAGCUGUGAAUGUGAAGCCAAAGUUGUACUGGAGACCUCAGAAGUUCGCAGAAGCCAGGAAUGUACAUCAUCCAAGGAAAGCUUCAGAGAGUGUGCAAAGGUAGCCAAAGAAAUAAGCCAUGGGAGGUAUAACCACCAGAGGUGCCACAGGGGCAGAGCCACCUAAGCCCUUUGUAGUUCACAACUUGCUACAGAUCACUGGGGAUGCUGGAAGUGAAUUGUAGGAUUUCAUGUUUCUCUCCUGGAUUUUGGACUUGCUUUGGUCCCAUUCCUUCUGUCCCCACCUGUAACUUUUGGAAUGGAAAUAUCUUAUCUUGUGCCACUGAAUGUCAGAAAUAUUUAGCUUUCUUUUCAUUUGUACAGCAGCUUGCAGCUAAGAGUUUGCCUUAAAUCUCAGAGAAGACUUCAGACGUGGACUUUCCAGCAAUGCUGAAAAUGUUAGGAUUCUGGCAACUCUUGAGAGGGACUAGAUGCUUUUUGCAUAAAGGAAUAUGCAUAAGUCUUUAGGGGCUCUGGGAUAGAAUGUUAUGGCUUGUGUCUUGAUGUCCCCCCAAAGCCAAAGUCAUAGGUGGGACUUUUGCAGAAGUGGCUAGAUCUAGAUUUGGGAAUUGAUUCAUUGUGCAAUGCUAGGAUUGAAGGCACUAGGAUUAAAGGUGUGAGUGCUACCUUCCCUAAGUAGUCUAGAUAAGACAAAAGGGGCAGAAAGACACUGUUAAGGUCCCUUGUUGCUUUGGCUACCUUCUUUCUACCUGCCAUGAACUGUUGCCCCUCAGCCUUGUUAGCCUGUCUUACAGCUAGCCAACUAUAGAGUAAAACCUCUACAAACUGAGCUAAUAAACUUUUCCCCCUUUAAUUUUGGGUGUUGGGCCUUGCAAGCAGGCAGUCGUGAGUUCGAUCCCCGGUACCGAUAAAAAGGAAAAAGACAAAAAAAAAAAAAUUGGGGGUGUUGGGUAUUUUGUCUCAGCUAUGACAAAAGUAAUUAAAACACAUGGGUAUAGCAAGAGUUGGAAAAUAGAAAAAAUUUGGCAUUUUUGCUUAAUAGUUUUAAGCAUGUUGAAACGAAGAGGUUAAGAUUAGUCAGUUGAAUAUCUUUACUUCCCUUUACUAUCUAGCAUUGGCUUACUAGAGACUUUCUCCAGUGGGGAUUUUGCGUAGUAUCUUUUUUUUUCUAAAAGGUUUUUGUUCUCCUCUUUAGUUUAUCACCCCACUUUAUAAUUAUAAUUGGCAAAAUAUUUCAUUUAGGCAUUUCAGAUUUUCCAAGUAGAAAACAAACUACCCUGUCUUCUCUCACAGUCACUCAACACAACACUUCUCCUGUGGUUACCAAAAUGUGUGUGGUUACCAACCAAGCGGACACUGACUACAUGUCCUGAAAUUUAACUCAGUUUUGAUGCUAUCUGCCUGGAGCAUCAACUCCCACUGACUCAAGGCUCAGUCCCACAAGACUAUCUCCACUUUAGAUGUCAGUCUCAUGCCCCAGGUGCCUUCCAACUGACUGACUGGUUAUAAAACAGGAUUUCCACAACCCCCUACAUAAUCAGGUUGCCAUAGUGGUUCAUUUAACCAUUUUAACCAUUUAACAUAAUAUUAUGCAGGAUACAGAUGAACAGCAAAUUCAGAGAGGUUUAUAGAGCAAGGUAAAUAGGAAAGGGUCUUCCAUGCCCUGUGUGGGCAUGCCACUGCCAGCCACCUCCAUAUGCUUAGCAAUUGGAAGUUCACUGAAUCCCACAGUUCUGGAAUUUUUAUGAAGGCUUCAUCACAUAGCAUGAUCAAUUACUAACUAUAUUUAUAGACCCUUUUCUCUCUCCAGAGAAAUGGGAGACAGGGCAAAAAGCACCAAAUUUAGGAGUAUGGCUUGGUCUUUCAGUUGACCAGCCCUCAUCUAGGAGCCUACCAAGAGCAGUCUCGACCUAGGAAAUUUCUAGGGGUUUUGGAAAUGCUGUGUCAGACAUUCCUAAGAACUCAGGAAAUUAUAAGCAUUCUAGGAACUCUGUGCCAGGGACUAGGAGAUGAUAGAUAGAUAGAUAGAUAGAUAGAUAGAUAGAUAGAUAGAUAGAUUAUCAUCUAUAUAUGUAUGUAAUUUCACAUCAUCCUAUACAUUUUUUUAAGUUCUGUGUUUGUAGGAGAUCUUUCAAGAUCUUUUUUUAUGGUCUCUUGUGAAUGCUAGAACUCACAAUCUUUUGAUAAAUUUGAAGGGCUCACUAACAGUCUUAUUUUCCACUAAAGGGUGGUGCUUCUUAUAAUAACAAUAUUCCAAAACAGAGCAAAACUUUGCCCUCUACAAACAAGCAUCCUCUCAAGUAAGAGCAUUACCUUUGUAUAGUAUCUUGCCAAACUUUCUGUGUCACUGGGCAUGUCAGUGUUUGAUCAUUAAUCAGUUAUUUAUAUAGCUACUUGUGCACAGCUCCCAUUAAAGAGUGAAGUCCAACUUAGAUUCAUCUCACAUCUUUUUUUUUGAAAGGUUCCAUAAGAUGGGCAGUAUGUUGACAUGAUGGCUUCUGUUUUGUUUUUAGAGACAUCUGUUUAACAGCUGGGUUUGGAAGAGGAGGGUAAAUGAUUUCUAAUUAGUGUGAUUUCCAUCAGUUGUAGUCCUCAUGUUACUGUUUUUGAUGAAUAACUUAUUUCUCAACUGAGUGAUUCAAACUUUCUCCUUUUAUCCUGUCUUUCGCAUGCGCGUUUUGUUUUUGCCAUCUUUUCAUCUAGUAAAGGUUGUCAAAAGUGAAUGUACCUAGACAUAGAACAAUUUAAGUCUCUUAAAAUGAGUACACUUCAUGUCUAAGGCCUUCUUUAAUAAAAUAAAGGAUUCAUUUUUGCAUUUUUAAAAGUUAUAAUGAACUUCUGUUACUUGAUCUCUAUACUCUGGGACCAUGGAUACAAAGACAUCAAUUUCUUUUUUUUUUUUUUUUUUUUUUUUUGGUACCAUGGUUUGAACUCAUGACCUCGCAUUUGCCAAGCAGGCACUUACACUGCUGAGCUAAACCCCCAGCCCAGAAAACUUUUGUUUGUUUGUUGUUGUCUCUUGGAAAUCAUCUUUAAGACGAGCCUCAAAUUCCUUUCAUUCCUAGUGUAUCUCAUAAUGCUAUGAAAACAGAUUGGUAACCGUAUCUGUUGUGGCGGAAUUUGAGAUGUAUAGAGCAAAGAGUACAUUUAAUUAUGAGCAAUGCUGUGAAAGUUAAAAAGUAGUUUUUCUAAUGAUAUGAGUGAAUGAUAACCAUGAUGAUAGAGUAGAACAAAUUAGUAAGAGCAAUUGUUAGUCAUUUUUAUUAAAUAUGUCUAAGAUGUUGAAAGCAACAAUUUGAAAUGAAAUUAGAAGAAUCAACUGUUACUUAUUAAAUGCGUUGCAAAAAAAUUUCUCAUCAUUAUACUCCAAAUAGAUGCUAACCAUUCAAUUAUGACUGGAAGUGAAUCUUUUUGAUUGAAAGUAAAUUAGUAGUUAUUGUUGGAAGUCAGAUAUCUGUAAAAUGUAAAGCGAUUUUGAGUGAGAUAACUUUUUUCCCUAAACAGCAACUCAUGUUAAGAAAUUUGUUGAGUUCUCUUAGUCUGAAAUGCUUGUUAUUGACAGAGUUUUUCUAUUGAAGUGAUUAUAAACCUAUUUCCAUUAUUGACUCUUCCCUUUCUUAAAAAGUAUGCAUGUACAUAUUUAAACAGAAUGUUUUAUAUAAUUUCAGGAGGCCCAUGGAUCUCUCUGUAAGUUUUACAGUGAAGAAAGGCAGUCCAAUAUAAACAGACAUAUAAAUACAAAGUGUAAUACAUUAAUAGAUUUAGUGGUGAUUGAUGUAAGGGAUUAUGAGAACAUAAAUGAGGGGCAGUUAGCUUUGCUUGGAUCUGGAUGAUAGAGAACAGAAAUGGAAAGAGAAAUGGGUAGGGCUUAGUCCUAGAAAGUAAAGAAUGGAGUUGACAUUUAAUUGCACCUUAAUAAAUGACCAAAAUAAAAUGCCAACUCAAAUGGAAAGGAUGCAAAGAAACUGGACUGCUUAUAUGUUGCUGGUGAGUGUGUAUGAUCAUAUAGUCAUUCUAGAAAAGUUAAUUACUACUCUAGAAAGCUACACAUGUGUUAGGUAUGAUACAAGAAUGUAAUCAAAAAAAUUUUUAAAAAUUGAUCUACUUCUCCAAACUUUCUCAGGCUGAGAUGCAAUCCCCCAACCCUUCCUCAACUCACAUGAAGAAGGGACUCAAAACUAGCACAUAUGCCUGAAGGGAGUGUGCAUAUGCUGGCCCCCAGAGGUUGCAGUCUGUUUCAUUUCACAAAGGAGAGGAGCCAGUGGACAGGGGAUGAAGCUACAUAGGAAUUUCCUUGUAUAUUGUCUCAUUGUGCAGCUCCCCCAUAAGAGCCCUUACACACCUGAACAGGGUGAGACGGUGAUUUGAUGCAGUAAGAGGCCCUUCCAUUGCCUUUGGAGUUAGGUUUAAAUGAAGCUAUUUUAUUUUUUCACAAAAGAUUGUCUUCCAUGUUCUUGGGCAGCAGCUAUCAGUUUGAACCUGAGCACCCAGUAAUAAAAAAAAAUCAAAAACAGAAUAACUGGACUUCUUCAAAAGUAAAAACUUUUGUUCUGCAAAGGAUUCCAUUAAGAAAGAGAUAAGACAUUUGUAGAAUGGGAGAACUAUUUACAAAUCAUGUAUCUGAUAAAAGACUUGUAUCUAGGCUAUAUAAAGCAGUCUUAUAACUCAACCAUAAAAAGACAAAUAAUCCAGUUUUUUAAAAGGCAAGAAACUUGAGUAGACAUUGAUCCAAAGAAUAUUAACAAAAAGCCAAUAGCACAUAAGAAAGAUGCUCACUAUCAUUAGCCACUAGUAAAAAUUAAAACUAAGAAAAUUUUUAAAAUAUGUAAAUUAUUAAAAAUAAUAAAUCAAGUACAUUUUAAUAUAAUUUUAAAUGUAAUUUUAUAAUUGUAUCCUCCAAAGCAAAGUACAGUUUUUUUAAAUGAGAAAAGUAGCAUCAUUUUAGUUUUGCAGUUUUUUUGGAUAUAGCCAUAGUACUUUUUUCCUAUUUAUUUGUUUUUAAUUGAUACAUAGUGAUUACACAUAUUUGUAGGGUAUAUACAGUGUGACGUUUCUGUAUGUAUAUACAAUGUAUAAUGAUCAAAUCAGGGGAAUACCAUGUCCAUAUCCUCCAGUAUUUUUCAUUUCUUUGUGUUGGAAAUAUACAAAAUUCUCUCUGCUAGCUAUUUUGGAAUACUCAGUUGUCAGCGUAUUUGUCCUGCUGUGCUAUGGAACAGCUGCACCACUGAAAGUCUUAGCCACACUCUGCUCUCCCUGCCCCGACACCCUUCUCAGGCUCUGGUAGCCACUUUUACUUUAACUCUAUACCUUUAAGAUCAGCCUUUUGGCUUCAUGUAUAAAUGAGAACAUGCAGUAUUUUUCUUUUGAUUAAUAUCACUUAGUAGAAGAUAGCAUGGUUUCAUGUGUUCUGCAUUUACUGUGUUGCAAUGUUAUUUUAGUUGAGGUAUGUGAAGAAACUCUCCCUUCAUACAAGUUAGUAACUGAAAAAGGAAAGAGUUUUUUGAUGGCCUUUUCAGAUAAAUGUGUUUUUUUUUAAUAUUACUUCACCUGAAAAAGUUGUGUUCAUGAUGGUAGAUACAAGGUUUUUUAAAUUCUAAUUUUUACUCAAAGUCUCCACUUUUUCAUUUGUAAUCUAUAUUGUCAAGUGUUUUGUUUGAAAUGAAAAGCUUACUUUGUAUACUUUUAAGAAAGUGUUUAUGAAUAUCCAUGCCUAAAUAACAGUAGUUUGUCAGUCAUUAUUUCAAGUAGUAUUUAUUAAAAAAAAAAAAAAAAAAAAAAGUGGCACCAGAUUGGGAACAGCCUAACCCCAACCUCUUGCUGCGAGUCAGCAACAUUCACCCACUGGGGCAGAAAGAGCAAGGCCUCACCAGGAAGCAAGCCCAGUCUGGAAAGCAGUGCCAUGUGUAGGCCGCUACUGGACCCGGAACAGCCAGACUGUCGCUUCUCCCUGUGAGUCAGCGCCAUUGAUGGCCUGGCAUCGGAGAGAACAAGGCCACAGCAGGAAGCAAGCCCAGUCUGUGAACCAGCACCAUGCACGGGCGGCUGGCGGACUAGAACAGCCAGACCCCAGCCCUUUAGCUCCUUCUAGUGUGUGGGCUGGCAAACAAAAGUACCAGCCCUACGCACCUCCAUAAGUGAUCGGCUUACCCAGAGAAACACAGGCUAUGAUGGUAGCUAUUGAGGUGAAAUGCAGUUGGACACCUGUGGUGCUGGGUGUUUCACUAACAUUGCAGGUCUAGGGCCAGUGGUCUGAUAUAGCUUCAGAGCGUACUGGUACUCAGUGUGACAUCUGGGGGGAUCUUCUGAAGGUUGUAGCCAUUGUUGAUUCCCUAUGAUCUUGUUUUGAAAUUCUAUAUCAUUUCCAUUGUUUUGUUGGUUUGGAUUUUGUUCUCUCUCUCUUUUUUUUUUUAUUAUGUUAAAUCUGAUGGCGGGAGCAACUAUUUCAAAGAUAGCAAAGAUAUAUUAUGGUAGUAAUUUUGGAUUUACUAUUGGCUUGUUAGGAAGUCCUUUGUUGCAUUCAUUGUUUUUUUUUUUUUAUUGUUUCUAUUCUAUUCUGUUCUGUUUUAUUUUUACUAUGUCUGAAGUUAUCUGCAGCUAUUUUGAGACUUCCAAAGGCAUUGUGGUAACUAUUACUGGUUUCAUAAUGUUUUGAAGUUCUGUAUCUCUUACACUGGCUUGUUUUGAUUGAUUUUAUUCUGUUUUAUCCUCUUUAAAAUAAAAAAAGUGGUUGGUCAGCUUGUAGCAGUCACAUUCAUGAUCUUUUUUUUUUUUUUUUUUUUGAAGCCAUUAGUUUUACUAGUUAGAACUCUUUUUUUAUAUACUUACCACCUCAUUACAGAGUAAAUUAAUAAUUUUUAGUACUUCAACAAGGAUAUUCUGUAUAUAUGUGUAUAGUAAUGGAGAUUGAACCCAAGGCCUUUGCACUGAGUACAUCUUCAGCCCUUUUUAUUUUUAUGUUCAGAUAGAAUUUUGCUAAGUUGUUCAGCUGGGCUCAAAUUUGUGGUGCUCCUAACUCAGUCUCUUAGAGUGUUGGGAUUACAUCCGUGUUGCCACCAUACCUGGGUAACAACGAUAUUCUUAAUUGAAAUUGCCUUAUUUUUUUUUAAUUCAUUGACUGAUUUAUUGGUUUGUUUUUUAUUGUGAAUAUGUAUUAGUGAAAAAUAUAGUGACUACUAGUAUAUUUUUGCCACUACCUAGAUUCAGGCCAAGGUCCAGCAGUUUUGCCUUACUUUUUCCCUGUUGGCAGAAUACAAAAAGGCAAAUAAUAAUCUAGUAUUGUUGUGGAAAUAAUUUGACUUUGCAGAUUCACUGCAAGUGUCUUUAGGACCUUUUUUAUGUACUUACCACUUCAUCACAGAAUAAAUUAAUAAUUUUUAGAACUUCAGGCAAAAAAUAAUUUUUAGUACUUGAGGCAAAAAACUAUUAUCAUAGCUCUCACCCAGCUAAUUUAUUUGUAUCAUAAAUGAUUUUUCGGUAUGUACUGCCUUAGUUACUCUUCUUAUUGCUGAAACAACAUACUCAGUACCCAAAGUUAAAGAAGAAAAGUUUAUCUCAGCAUACUGUAGAGGUUUCGGUCCAUAAUUGGUUGGCUGCAGGGCAGAGAGGCAUAGCAGAGGGGUAUCACAGAGCAGGCAGGAGGCAGCAGCAGCAACAGCAGGCCUGCCUUCUAUCUGCCUCUUUAUAUUCCAUCUAUUCUAUGAACCUGUUGAUCUAGGGUGAGGUACCCUUAAUCCUAGCAUCACAUUCUUAAUCCAGCAUAACAUUAACACCCUAGCCAGUCACUUCAGAAAAGCCCCACCUGUGACUACAUGAGACUUUGGAGGGACAUCUAGAUAUAAGCAGUAACACAUACUAUGAAAGACUAUAACAGACUCUAGAAAUUUGACAAUAAACAAACAGUUAAAAAUUUCUGUUUUGUAGAGCUUAUUUAUAAAGAAUAAAAAUGGACAGUAAAUAUUAGGGAUAAAAGUUAAGCAAAGGAAAAGAGGCAGGUGAGUUUGUUGAGGUUGUGUGUACAGUCUAACUAGGUUAACCAAGAAGGGCUUUACUGAGAAAUUCAUGUGAAAACUUGGAGAGUCAAGGCAUGUAGCAUGCAUAUAUGUACAGAAAGAAUUUUCCAGAAUAAACAAGUGCAUAACAUGCUUACUAUAUAUGAAGAACAAAAAAGGAGGCUCCUGCAGCUGGAGAGAGUAAGAGAACCACAGAGUAUGGUGCCAGAGAAACCAACUGGUGAGUCAUAUCAUAUAUAGCCAUAGAGCCAGGCUAGUGAUUUGAAUUUUACUCUGAGUGGAAGUCACUGGAGCAUUUUGGUUUACGUUUGAACAGGAUCAUCCUGAUUACUAUAAUGAGAAAGAACUUUAGGAGAAAAGAGAAGUGAGCAGACCGUUUAGCAGACCAUUAUGUCUAAUUACAUAGGCAGAAAAUAAUGACACUUUUAGCUGGUGGUUGGGGGAUGUAUUUGGAAAGCAGAACCACUAGGAUGUACUAUGGAUUGGAUGUAGAAUAUGGGAAAAAUAUUACAAGGCCUCUGGUUUGAGCACUUGUGAAUAGGACAUGGCUGCUGAGGAAGGACACACUGCAGGAAAAGCAUAUUGAGGGCUACAACAGGAGCUUAGUACUAGAGAAUUUAACUUUGAGACUCACGUGGAUAUUUAGAGUAGGUAGUUAGAUAUAGACUAGAAAUAUAAAUUUGUUUAAUAUGUAAAAAUUUGAUAUGAAAUGAGAUAGCCAAGGAGUGAUUAGAGCUAUUUAGGAGGAGCUAACGUGGACGCAUGCUCAGAAUAAGAAAAGAACAUAUAUAGUGUUGAGAAUAACAGAAAACAAAAUUGAAAUUGAUGAAUUAACCUAAAAAUAUAAAACUCAUGAGGACACAAAUCGGAGUUUAAAGACCUAGAAGGGUUUUAAAGGUGUGGUAGAGCACAUACAUAGCAUGCAGUAGGCCCUGGGUUCAGUUUCCAGCACUCACCCACAAAUUAAAGACCUGCAAUACUCCAGUGGAGUUGUUUAGUAAAAAAAAUUGUAUAUAUGAGUCUUGAGAUAAGGUUUGAGUCAAACAUAUAUUUUAAAUCUCAGGACAAGAUGAAAAUGCCAAAAGAGGAUGUGCACUAAAAAAAGAUUCACCCUUAAAAAAUACCAAUAUUUAAUGUGGGAUGUGGAAGGGGACAGACUUGUAGGGAAAUGAAAGUGAAGAAAGUUUGGGAAGGAAAGAUCAGAGUGUCAAAUGCCAUACAGAGAAGGUAGGAGGGAACCAGAAAAAAGCAAGUAGAUUUAACACUUAGAUCGUAAUCUUUGUGGAGACAGAAUGGUAACAGCAGGGCUCAUUUUCAUUAGUCUGGGAGUCAAAGACUAGAUAAAACGUGGGAGGUCCAUUAGUUAAUGGCAGGGUCAGCUUAUUAUAAUUUACUUACCUAAAAAUAAUGCCACAUACCACAGUCUAAUAAUUUAUUUUUGGCAGUUUUCAAAUCCAACAUUGACCAGCAAUACCAAAUAUAUGAGAAAUGAAUUCUUGGUUAUAAACAAUGGAAACUACUGUAAUUUUACUUACAGCAGAAACUUAACCACUACUGUUAAGUAGAAAGAGAAUUUAUUGGAAAGCUGGAUCCCAAGUUUGAGCCCACCCUGGGCAAUUUAGUAACUUAGCAGGACUCUGUCUCAAAACAUGUUUUUAAAAAGGGGAGGGCUGGGGAAGUCACUUAGUGUGAAGGCCUUAAGUUUAAUCCUAAAUACAAAGAAAGGUGGGACGGAGGGAGGGAAAUUACCCCCUCCCCUUCAGGUUUCUGUAGUUGGUGAUAUUUUGUUCAUAAAACCUCACUCAAGAAGUAUAUCUACUACAAGGAGAAAACAUGACAUUUGAGUUUUGGAGAGCCAAAACCAGCAGUAUUAUAUAAUUAAAUACUUAAUCUUAAAGAUCUGAAAUUCACAUAAACAAAAUGAAAAAUAUUUAAUAAAACCAGAAAUAUAAUCUAAGGCUUGCCUUACUAAUAUCAAGUAUCAGGAAUAUCAAAUCUAAAACUUGACUUUGUUUUCUCUUAAUUCGUGCCUUAUACUAGAGUCUCUUAUAAGUCUUUCUCCCUCCACAAAUCUUUUCUGGGCUCCUUUAACCCACGUUAGUACUCACAAAGGCAGCUUGAUUAAACCUUAAGAAUGAAAUGGAGGCAACUCUACAGAACCUUGUAGUAGGGGCACAUUUCUAGGCGUGAACUUGGUCUCCGCCAGGCCUGUUCGUUGUUAGAAGUCACUGUGCCCUUCACACAGGGAAGGAGAAACACCACCCCCAGGAGUGACCUGCACCAAAGGAGUAGGUGGGCCAGGCGGGGAUUAGGAGGGAUGGGGCCCAGGCCACAGAGUAGAAUGGAGCAGAACCCAGAACCACCUGUGGUACAGGCGAAGCUGCCCAAAUUCUUCAAAUUGCUAGGCCUAUGAAAAGUGGUUUUUGUACUAAGAUUUAAUUUGAUUUUUAAGUAUGCUUCUCUGCCAAAAAGACCACUAUGAAUUCUUUAUAGAGGAAAAGACCCUUUAUCUGUGUAAUUUAAAUAAAAGUGAACUUGUAAUACAUGUCCUUUUUAAAGGCUGAUUUUUGGCAUGGUAAAAUAUCCAAAAUAAAUACAAAUCCAAUACCUGAAAUACUUCAUAAGUAGGUCAUGAAUGAAGCCUCUUUAAAGAUACUCCAAAGGAACUAUCAUUUCAACUAUAGACAAAAAAUGUCCAGAGAUUUUCAUCUCCUCUUAUUCUUCACCUGUCUUCCACUCCCACACAUCACUGAGUUACUGUUUUAAUCUCUUCUGCCUUACAAAGCCUGCAGCUCAGCCCAUUUCUUUUCCUUCUUUCCAACUUCCAGAACAUUUUUUUCUGCUGAUAAUUCAUACUUUUUUAAAAAAUUAGAAGCCAGAUGGGGUGGCACACACCUGUAUUCUCAGCACUCAGGAGGCGGAGGCAGGAGGAUCUCUACAAGUUUGAGGCCCAUCUGGGCUACAAAGUGAAUUCAAGGCCAGUUUGAACCACAUAGCAAUACGGUGUUUUGAAAAAAAAAAUCAAUUUAGUUUCUUUCUUCCACAUCAAUUAUCUUGCCUCUACCAUACAUGCAAUCUAUCAGCACUUCAAAACCGAGCAAUCUACUUGAAAUGAAAAGGGAUAAACUGGAGACUUUGUACACUUGUGCUUCAGUUAUUUGUCCCUUGUCAUCUUUUAAAUGAAAGGAAAUAAAAUAUAAGGGUUUUUCUUUCCUGGUUUUGUUCAUGGAGAGUGUGACAGCUGGCAUUAGUGUCUGUGGAAAGGAACAGAGAGAAGACCUGAUGCAAAGAGGCCAGGUCAGUAGCGGUCAGAUUACAAAGAGCUUUCCUUUCUAGGCUGACAAGAUUAAAUCCACCUUACUCAGCAGCAGGGCAGUGGCUGUCAGCUAUGAUGUGCAAAGAAAUGAACUUAUAUUUGUUGGUCUUCCGUGUUGCAUUUUUCAAGUACUUCACUGUACUGAUCCUUUACAAAAAAGAAAAAAUAAAUUAUUAGACACCUACGUACCAAUCACUAUUCAGUUACUUUAAAAUACUAGCUUGUGUAAUCUUUAUAAACAAUGCAUACAGUUUUUUACUAUGGCUGUUUUACUGAUAAGAAAAUGAGGACACAGAGAGGGCAAGGAAUUUGCUCUACACGCUACAGCUAGAAUUGAAUGGUAGAGGCAGAAUUCAAACCUGGCACUGCAGGUUCUGAGUCCAAGUUUUUAACUUUUGUCUGUGCUACACUGAGCAUUGCUUGUGAAAGCAGAGUUCAUGGAAGUAUCUGCACCAGAAUCACCAGGGUAAUUUGUUCAAAAGACAACAUUUUAUUAUUUACAUUAUAAAAGCCUGCAGGUGACGUUCUUAAGAACCUCUGUUGUGAAGGACCCACCACUGUCACCAUGUACUCUUCUUUGUAUAGUUCGUUUGACUGUAAGACUAGAUGCUUCAGGGUACUUAAUGGGUACAGAACUUGUAAUUAGUACUACCAGACCAUAGCUUGCCUUUUAAGCCAUUGUUACCCGAAAUGUAUCUGAUGCCCUUUCUAGAACAGUGCUUGACCAUACAAGGAAAGGAGAAUUUUCAUUUAUUUCCUACACAUGCAUUACAUUCAAAAAUACACUUAAAGCUUAUUAGACUGUCCAAACUUGCUGUUGCGUUUGUGAUUAAAACGGACAGGCACUGGAAAGAACAUGCUGUUCAAUGUGAAAAGGACUCUCCUGGAGUACACAACAGGGCUGUGUUGUACUAUUUAUUGCUCUAUAUUUAGUGACAAUAAAAACUUAGCUUUCUUUUUGUGAGCAGAAGUUCAGUUUGGCUGCCUUGCUAACCCAGAUCCUGAGAGGAAACUUGUCUUCUAAGGUAGUGGACAAAUCAGAUUGUUGCAAAUUAUGGUUAAAAUUUAAGGGCAUUAAAAGAACUAUAAAGUACAAUACUUUAUAUUUCUUACCUACUAAUUUGUCUUGUCACAAUCAGUCUUUGCUAAAAUGUACUCUAGGGAUAUUUUACAAUCCUUCUUGUUUCUUUGUUUGAAACCAUGAUCAAAAUUGCUUUGAAAAGAAAAGGAUCAAGAUCUGUAGAGAAGACCAGGGGAUUAUCCAGACGCUGAGAAUCAUGGGAGGAGAAAUGACUUUAGAAAUAUAAAUUAAGUCAAACUCCUUUUUCCCCCCUUCCAGAAAGUUGUAGAAUGCUUGGAGCUCCUUUCUGCACACCCACAUGGCAUUUGAGACUAGUUUGAGUCUCUGUGUAGAUCUUCAAAGUUAACUUUCUUGUUUCAACCCAAUAUUUUCCCCUUUCCUCCAACAAAAGUAAAAUAAUUCUUAUAUACCUAUAUUUUUUUCUUGAAAUAUUUCCUAGUAUCUGUUUUCUCAAGAAACUUGACUAAAUUUGCUUUAGCCAUAGGCUCCCCUCUUUGGCCCUCUGUGGUUUGCUUUGGUCUAUUGAAUGCAAUUUAACCUUCAGGAAAUUCGAUUCCUACUGGUAGUGCUGGGUAAAGUGAAAUUUCUAAAAUGAAACAUCUUAUAAAUAUUAUGUGUGGUAUGCUUAAAUUGAUAAACUGUUACACAUUUAGUGUUUGAUCUUUUUCCUUAGAAAGACAUUAUAAAAAUUUGCCACAUUGUUGGCGCUCAACAAAUAAUGAUUAAUAACCUGUUCCAAGGGUCCUAAAUUUCCCCAAAUCACACACUGUCCAGGUUUUGAAAAAGCUAUUAGAGGUGACAAUGUUUUGAACUUUGAUUAGCUCACAGUUUUGAAUGAAAUAAUAUAAAGCACAGGGUUAAAGAUUUCCUGGUCCUGUGCCUGUUAAGCAAGUAACCCAACAUUUUGUCUAAAAGCUUUCUCAAGGAAAAAUAAUCCUGACUUGAUUUAGAAACAUUUUCCAUGCAAUUCUCCUCAUGAGAGAAUUAUUUGGAAGCUACUCUCUUAUUCUUGGUACUAGUAUUUGCAAGAAUCUAUUUGAACAAGAAAGUAAAAAUUGUCUGAUUGUUAAAAAGAGAGGAGUUAGGUUGAAGCAUUCCAACUUACUGAUAAAACUAUACCCACCAAACAACAAUUUUAUAUGGUUCAACCUAAUACUUUAUUGUGUGCAAAUUAAAGAAGUGGCCAGGUCAACUGGUCAGGUUUGAGGAAGCUUCUUGCAGAGUUUAAUAUGAGAAAAAUAUUUUAAAGCAAAACUUAAGUAUGCAUCCAUUAAAAUUUCGAGUUAGUUUUUCCUCUGGUGACCUUGGCAGCUGUUUGCAUUGUCAAAAUUUUCCUCUUGUCAAUAUAACUGUUGACUCAUUCUUGGGCAUCUGCUGUACAUUUAUAAUUUUGGUUUUUUUCUUCCUCCCUUUAAUGCCGCAGAUGCAAGCUUUAUAUCUUCUUUUGAUUUGUAGUUUUAUUAAACACAUUAGUGGCACAAAUAUUGCAUUCAUAUUUUUUUCAUAUUUAUUUUUUAUAUUAACUAUUUCUAAUCUUAGGGUGAGUAAUGUAAUUCAUUUUUUACUAUGAUGGGAAGUUCUACAUCAUGGACACUUUAAUAGACUUAAAAUUAUUACAUCCCACUUAAGUUUUACUACCUCUAAAAUUUUUUUUCAGUGUUUAUUUCCUGGAUAUGUCACUGUCUGUAUCUGUAUGUUUUAAUUUGUUCACAAUUUGUAUUGCUCUGGCAAAUGGACAUAUUUGUUUUCCAAUCAGCAAUUAGUAUAACUGAAAGAAAACCAGUUCCAAAUGUUGUGAAUUUAGAUAAGCAACUGUAAAGGCCAACUUAUAAUUGCUGCUUUGGCCCUGUGUUUUUUUGAGGUUUGAUAUAUACUGUACUCUUCAAUUUAUGUGGCAGUUUCAAAGCUACAUGGUAAAUAAUUAAGGUAGAGUAACAGUAGAAAAUGAAAGCUGUCUCAGGCACAGGUGAGGAAACAUUUAAUACAAAGCUUAAAUAAGGAUAGAUACUUUUUUUUAGAUUUUUGAUCUGGUUUUAACUGUUUUUGUACUUGAAAACCAACCCCAUCUCAGGAAUUCAGUGAAUAUGGGCCAAAUAUAAAAUGUUAAGAGGCCGUUGUUAUUGUUGGCCUGAUAUACAAAACUUUCUGCCGUCCAGGGCCGUGUGAAUCCAAGUGAGAAUCGCCUAGUGUCACAGUGGCAGCCUGUUGCCAUCUGAGUUUCCUUCAAUCUUAGUGCGCUUCAUUAGAUAAUCAGUGUAUUUCUUUUUAUUCAAACAAGCCUUCAACCACGAGCCGGUUUCCUAAUGAAGAGAUGCUGUCUUACCUAAUACAAUAAGAACUAGUAGAUGGUCUGUUAAUUUUUGACUGGUUAAUUUAAACAAAACUGGUUAAAGCAAGGAAUUGGUUUUUUUAAAGACAUUUUUUCAUUCUACUUUAUUUAUUUAAUGUGUAUUCAUUUGUCAAUUUGUAAUGAAUAAUGAGUACCUUUUCUUUCAGUCCAAAUCCACUAUUUAAAAAUAAAAAGAAGCAAGAUGUGAAUAUAUGUGAACCAGUUCUCCAUAUGAAUGUAUUUAGUCUAUAUCACAAAUCUAUAAAAAAGGGGAGAGAAAUCAGAAUUGUACCCAUCUUUUCUUCCAUGAACUACAUCUAUAAUUUAUGAAGUACAAUUUCCAGUUACUUUAAAUUAAAGUAGUAACUGAAAAAUACUUAUUAAGCAAUCUGAGUAACAGUCUUAGGAUUUUUCCCCCAUUUUCUAGUGGUGGUUUUGCAAUUGGAAAAAUAUUUUUUAACCUCUUCACUUUUAUCAAGUCUUGCUGUCUUUUCACAGUUCUUAUCAGUUUACAUAAUAUUCUAUUAAAUUACACAGUUACACUAACAUACAGUUAGUAAAAUUAAUUUUGGGAAAAAAGCACAGCUCAAGUAGCCAGGAAAGUUUAAUACGUACCAACCUGUGAGUUUAAUAGGAGUGGAAGAGUCAUUUAAUUCAAUAAAUCAGUUUCUUUUUGUGUGUGGAUACAUAGAAUCCCAAUAGGACCUUACUUUUUGUUAUUGUUGUUUUGUUUUUGUUUUUUUGGUGGGGGAGUCAGAGGAUCACUGUGUAGUUCAGGAUAACCUUGAACUCACUGUAUAGUUCAGACUGACCUCGAAUUCACAGCAGUCCACUUGCCUCAGCCUCCCAAAUGGCAGGAUUACAACCACCACCUUACCUGGCUCAGAACCUUACCUUUGUUGUAAAUUACCAUAAUAACCUUAGCUAAGCAAAAUGCGGUUCUAUUCUUCUUCAAAGCUUUUGUUUUCUUAAAUAACUUUGAGUACUAUGUUAUGUACUAAUAAUACUUCACGUACUUCUAAUGAGGGACUUGAAAAGCAGAUUGGAAAACUAUAUGAACAUAGCUUUUUUCACAUGUACAGUAUUGCAUAACAUUGGAAAAUCAUUGCUUUAUUCUCACAGUGCAGGAUUUUGGUAUUUCCCCCACCCUUAUUUGUCCAGCUUCUUUUGGGAAUAUGAGUAACAAAGCACUAAUUAUAAUUUUUGCUCACAUAAUUUUGUCUCUGAAGAUAUCCUAUGACUAUCUAAGCUUUAUAAAGGCUUUCGGGAAUCCAUCUGGAAAUGUCUUAAAACUAAUGACAUAAUUUGGAAUGUCAAUGCCAAAAUAUAUUAUCUCUAUAGAAACAUUCUUUUCCUAGAUUUCCUUUUCAAAUAGUUUUACUUUUGUUCUACUUUUAUUAUUUUAGGUGACUUAAUAGGAGGGAGACAGUUUUGUUCAAAUUCAUCAAAUUAUCCCUCCACUCUACUUUUCCAGAAUUGAAUUUCUUCCAUUAGUUCAUUAGUAAGUAUUUAAGUGAAAUAAAGGAGAGAUUUAUAUCAAGAAGGUUAAGAAAUAAAUAUAGUUCUUUUUCUGUGAUGUUAAAAAGUAACAGCUCUGGCCUUUAUUACUAUCACACAUUCAUGAUUAACUAGUCUAGUAAUUAGAUUUGGUUUAGACUAUGAGUAAUAGAAAAUCCAAAAUAAUAGUGGCUUAAACAAAUUAGAAUUUUAGUUCUCUCUCAAAUAUAAGUUCCAGAGGUAUUACGGUGGCUCUUAUGAUCAUCAGGAUCCUUAUCUCUUUCUUACUGCUCUGUAACCCUCUACCUACAGCUCCCCUGUCAUGAUCCAAAAUGACCACUAAAGAUCUAGCAUUCUGUAUUGAUUUGCUUUCCUGUUGUCAAACAAAAACCUAAUAGCUCCAAUUAGGAGGAGGAGCUUUUAUUUGACUUAGCGUUUGAGAGGUUUCAGUCCAUGGUUAACUGCUCCAAGGCAGAAACAUCAUGGAGGAAGGAACUGGCAAAGCAAAAUUGCUUAUUAGUUCAUGGCAAAUGGGAAGCAGAGUAUCAGGAUAGUACGGUACCAGCAAGAGAUAUUCCUUCCAGGUGGCACGUCCCUGGUGCCCCAUCCUCAACUGGGCCCUACCACCUAACAGCACAUUCAGCUAUGAACAUUAGUGGAUUAUUGCACCAAUGAGUAUAGUAUCCCCUGGUCCAAUCACUUUUCCAGAAGUCUCUUGAUCAAUCAAGUCAACAAUUAAGCUUAACUGUUACAUUCUACCCCUUAUCAGCUUGACACCCAAACAUUUAUCCUUAAACUAUACUCAGUCUUCACAUAUAGACAAUACAAAGUCAUAAUUCUAUCCAACAUGAUGUAACUAUCUUGUGCACAGCCAACAUACACUAAUCCUAUCUCCAAAGUCUCCACAGUUUCAGCAUUUCUUAAAAGUCAGUCUCCUCUGAGACUCAAGACAAAUUAUUAACAUGAACCUCUGUAAAGUUCAAGAAACAAGUUAAUUAAUCCCCCCAAAAAGUGACAAAGGGUAAACACUUUCAUUCUAAAAGAAGAGGAAUAGAAGGAGAGAAAAAAUGACCAAAGUGAAACCAAAACCCAGCAAGGCAAACAUUAAAUCCUGUAGCUCAUUUUCCAGCAUCUGGGUCACGUGAUGGUAAGAAGUGAGUUUCAGGGGGUUUGGGCUGUCCCACUGCAGUGGCUUUGCUGGUUGCAAUCCAUAGGACUUCUUGCUUGAGCUGGUUCCUCUCACUGCCUCUGGGCUUUUCUUGGUGGUCAUUCCAUCUUCCUGGCAUCUCUGACUUCCUAGAGUCUCCAUUGCAUCUUCUGCCUCAGUCCCACCGCUUCACACACCUUCCUAGCCCUCACACACAUUGCCUAGCUGCCCAAGAUUUCCUUUGAAGUCUGGUUAGAGACCUCCAUCUCCCUAUUCUCAGUGUUCUGUAUGCUUAAAAAAAAACAGCAUCACUUAGAUAAUGGCAAGGUCUGCUGUCAGCAAGAGCAAUAGCCAGGCCCCCCGUGGACCAUGGCUGUAGCAGUCUUCAAGGGCCUGAGUAGAUGAGAAUGGAAAAAUCUAUCCUAGGGAACCAAUUCCAUAGAAGGCCCUUCUUGAGUAUGGGACCCAGGGGCUUCCUUCUCAAAUAAAGGUUUUAUACUUUUGUGCCUCUGACCCUAAAAUAGAUAGAGUCUUAUUGGUUCCUAAGAUGCCCUCAAGGCAUCUUUCUUCUUAUCCUGGUUCAAAGUAUAGUAAAACCUUGGUUUGAUAGCAUAACUCAUUCCAGAAACAUGCUUGUAAUCCAAAACAUUUGUAUAUAAAAGCAAAUUUUUCCAUAAGAAAUAAUGGAAGUUCAAAUGUUUUGUUCCACAACCCAAAAAUAUUCAUUAUAAAAAUGAUUACAAUAUUGUAAUAUAAUACAAAGUAAUAAAGACAAUACAAAGUAUAAAGAAAAAUAAAUUAAUCUGUACUUGCUUUUAAAAUCUUUGUGACUGAUGUGAGGGAGAUCAGAGAAGAAGGUUACUGUUAGGAUGACUUUUAUUAUCACUAACAGAAUCACUGUUUUCUAUUGGCUCAGUGGAAUCUUUUUUUUUUUUUUAUGUGUAGCCAGCUUUAACAAGGAACUUAUGAUGACACUUGCUUUUGCUCCCUUUUGAAGACUUCGUGGAAAUGUGACAUUGUAUUGUCAUUAACAGACUCAUUGCUUGUACUGCUAUAGCCUUGUUUGGGUGAUACUUUUCUACACAGUUUUGCACAGUUUCCCACAUUUUAUGUAUUUCUCUAAUCUCAUUAGAAAUGAAGGAUUCCUGGAUUUUUUUCUCUUCCUCCUCUGAAGAUGACAUCUCCUCUAUAAUCUCUUACUGUUGGGAGGUGAUCUCCCCUAAUCCUGCACAGAGGGAGAGAGAAAAGGAGGAGAGCCAUUAGUUCAGUUGUGAUUAUGUGAUGUUUGACAUUGUGGACCACUCACAUGCAAACACUGCCUGUUUAUCAGGUUAAAGUUUAUUAGGAAUUCUUAAUCAUCUUGAGAAUGCUUGCAGAACAAGUUACUUGCAAUCUUAAGUUUUUAGUGUACUUACUUUCUUUUUGAUGGUGCUAAUCUCUUCAGUAACCACACCUCUGCCGGCCUCAGUUUUAUGCAUGGUUUUUUGAGCCAAAAUUUUUCAGUAUUUUCAGCUCUGUUUUUUGCUUCCAGUUCUCACUAUACGUCUUGCUAAAAGAAUCUGGCAGUACCCAUGCCAUAGCUUGAAUAAUGGGUUGCCUUGAAGUUUUCCCCCACUAGAGCAAUUAGUUCACUGCCUUUAAGCUCAACCUUCCAUGAAGUCUUAGGACAUGGGCAAUUGUGGACAUUUUUUUUUCCAGAAUGUAACAUGCAUGGACUCUAGUCUAGUUCCCAACAGAGCUACUGUCCCAUCUAAAACCUCAUGAGCCUGGCCUUCAGUGUCCAUCUUUUUAAUCAGCAUGCUGGUCUUCUGAGCUCCAACCAGAACUGCCCAUCAAGCUCAGCUGAUGGAAAUCUAGGGCAUCUAGAUCUAGCCUACAUCUUCAAACUCAUCUUAGAAACCAAUUGCAAAGGCUUCUUAUUCUCAUAGUGCAGUAUUUUGGUAUUCCCAAAUACCAGGUAAAGUCAGGUAUAGUCACCACAACAACCCUACUUCUUUGGGUGGCUUGUUUCUGUGUUAGUCAGUUUUCCCACUGCUGUACAAAGUACCUAACACCUGCAACCUUAAAAAGGAGGUAUUUAUUUGGCUUAUGAUUUCAGAGGUUUCUGCUCAUGGUUGGCUGGCUCCAGGGAAGAAACAUUAUGGGAGGGAUGACAGAGCAAAGCUGCCUAGUUAAUGGCAGGUGAGGAGCAGUGUGCACCAGCUCUGCAAAGGCAUGCCCCAGUGAUUCUCCUCUUUGGGCCCUACGUCAUAACUGCACAUUCAACAGUGAACCUUGGUGGAUUAAUUCAUUGAUGAGAAUAGUGCCCCCAUGGCCUAAUCACCUUUUCAGGAAUCUCUUAGUCAAGUUGACAGUGAAACUUACAGUCACACAGUUAUGUAUGUCUUCUAGCUUCCAGGAAGGAGACGGGUGGCCUUUUCACCAUUAUCAUCUUGAAGUAGUUGCAGGUACAACUUUCCUACCUAUUAAUUAGAAUUUGUGGCCUUAUCUGGUUGUAUGGAGGCUGUAGAGUAGUUUUUAUGCUUGAUGGCUUCGUGCCCAACUAAGUAUCAUAGGACUCUAUAUAGUUAAAGGGGAGUAUGUACUAGAGACAAAUGGUUAUUUCUGUCACAAUUUAGACUGUUUCCCCAACAAAAUAAAAACCUAGGUUUAUAUACUUUAAAAGAAAGCAUCCUGGGUAGCACAGGCAUGAAUGUAUGGCAGUGUACUGUACUUAGUAAAUGUUCUGAUGAAUGAUAAGUCAGUAAAUAUUUGUAGGCUCAUUAACUAAAACUCCUUUGUCUCUACAGUUGUGACUAACAAUAUUAAUGUUCUAAAAAAAAAAGAGUGAGAAGAACCCAGAAAAGUUUGUUUCAAUCAACUCAAGGUUCAUUGUGGUGAGAUCUAAGGAACAUUUAGUCUAAGGAAAUGAAAGUAAAUGUUAAAUAAAAUAACUGCCCUGUUCUAGUUCUCUUUGUGGAUAAUUACUUUUUAGUAUUGAUAAGCAUUAUUAGAAUUUGUAGUGUACCAGCUUUGGUCCCCAGCAUUUUUGGUCUUUGGUCUUCCUAGUGGACAAGUAUCAUGUGUAAGGCCUUGGAUUCAAUAACCAACAUAAAUGAAUGAAUGAAUGAAUGAAAGCUGUUCCCAAGUUUGCGAACCUUUAGUGAUGACUGAAAAGACAGGUUACCUGUAAUGAUUUGUAUAUGUACAAUCUUUGAUUCUUGGGCUGGCAGUUUAGCUCAGCAGCAUAAGCACCUGCCUUGCAAGCAUGCAGUCGUGAGUUUGAUCCCUGAUACCACAAAAAAAAAAUCUUUGAUUCUUAUUUUUGAUUAAUAAUAGCAUAAUUUUUGCCUUUUUCUACAAAAGUAAGUACUUUAUUUGAAACUUAAAAAAGGAUAGCAGGAGACGCUGUGUUCUGUAAGUCACGUUUAAAAACAGCAUUUGUGUACAGCAUCUAAAUCUUAGUAUACAGCAUGUAAAUCUUAGCAGGAAAUUCAGAUUUAAGUCUGAGUCUGACUUUUAACUCAUGACCAAUGGAAUUUAAAUGUGUUUAUUUUUAUAGUAACCUUAAUGUGGGGCUUGCAAAUUUCUGAGUUUGUUUUCUCAUUCAACUUAGAGACUCUGAAGCCAUAUUUUAAUUACAGGAACUAAGCUAUUUAUAACUUUCAUAGCAAGAUCAGCAAAUUGUGGAGUUUUUUUUCUUGAUUAUAAUGUGUUAUACUCAGAAAUGUGUGAUGUUUGUGUCUAACAAUGCACUUAAAAAACAAAAUGGGCUGGAGAUUUAGCUCAACGGCAUAAGCGCCUUUCUUGCAAGUGUGCAGUUGUGAGUUCAAUCCCGGGUACCGAUAAAAAUGAAAAAUACAAAAAAAAAAAAAAAAAAAAAAAAAAAAAAAAAAAAAAAACCUGUGCUGCAAUUCUGAAGUUAUAAUUCUAGAAUUCUAAUGGACUCGUUGUUGCCCUCUCUUCCUCUUUUCUGAAGUGUUCUCAUAGAAAUGUUGCCUUAAAAUGUACAAAACACAAACAGUUAUUGGAAAUGUCUUCUACAUAGUCUUAUUUGUGUACAUCAUUUUCAAGUUGUUUUUCACAGUAUAGGGUUCUUUUUCCCUUAACUUUGCUGAUACUGCAUUUCAUAGUUACAUUGCUUUUGAACUACAUAGCAUUGAGUUUAGUCACUCUCAGUUAUAUCAAAUCCUACCUCUUUUUUUUUUUUUUUGGCCAAUGAUAGAGAUUUAACAUGGAGCAUUCAUACUAAGCAAUAUCUUCACCUCCCCAUCCCCUUUAAAUUUUGAUAGUCUCAUUAAGUUGCCCCGGCUGGUAUCAAGUUUGUGAUCUUUUUGCCUCAGAUUCCCAGAGUAUUAGGAUUACGAGCAUGCAUGUAUGGUAAUACCUGAGUUAAAUCUUAAAUUUUGAGGUCUUUCAUUUAGCAAAUUUGUUGAAUGAAUAAUGAAACAGAAAAAAAAAAACCAAGAAAGCAAAAGAAAAUGAAUUAAACUUAGGUUCAGCUUUAUUCUACUUUUUGUUAAAUACAAAUGCUAACAUACCUUUUUUGUGACAGUCCUUGUAUUUUUGCUAAGAGAAAAAGUUAUUGAAAAUAUUAGUUAAUAUCAAAGUCAUUUUGCAGUUAUAAAUAUACAAACAUUUUCCAAAAGACUCAUAAAUUACCCCCUUUUCUGAAGCCAAAUUUCACUUGGCUUAUUCUUACUUUUAGUAAUUAUGGUACUAGAGACAAAAAACCUGAGAUACCCUGAUUUACUUAUAGGUCAUCAAAAGUAUGGAAUUAUUUAGCAUUAUGUAGUUGUGCUGUGCAUGCAUUUAUAAUUCCUUAAACUCUUCUAGUAAAGUUUUUAAGCCUGAACUUCUAUAUAUCUUCUUAGUAUUUAUCAGUGACAAAUAAAUGUCUAAUGCUGUGACCACUUCAGAGGUAACAGAUGAACCAGGCAAUACCCUAGGCUCAGACCCUGCUUUAAUCAGCAUCUCUCUUUUAUAAAUUGAUAAUUUGGGAUAAGAAUUUUGGAGAAAAAAAGGUUUUUCUCCUAAAAAAAAAAAAAAGAGCUUGAGAAUGACUGUUUAGAAUGGGUAGAUAUUCAGUAUCUUAUUAUCUAGUAUAGCUUCUGUCAUUUUACAGGACCGGAAACUGGCAGCCAGAGAAGAUUUGUGGUCUUGUCCAGACCAUGUAGCUAUUUAGUCACAGAACUAAACCAAACCCCUUGUCCUGCCUGCUUGUCUAAAACUCUAUACUGUACUGCAGCAUGUGUCAGAACCCAGGAGUACUCCAAGAACACUGCUUGUGCCUGGCAAUGCUAGUAAAUGUGUAUAGCAUUCACAAAUGAAUGAUCCUAAUGAUCUGUAACUAAUUACCUUUAAGGAAAUUUCAAAUAAAAAUUGCCAUUCAAAUGAAAUUUAGGCCUCUUAGAAAUCCUAAAUUUGGCCUGUUCUAAGCAAGAGAAUUGCAAUAAGUAACACAUUAUUCUUUGUUAAUUUUAGGAUCACCUGCUAUUACCAGCUACUACCCAUAACAAGACUUCAAGACCAAAAAUGUCAAUUGUAUUACCAGCAAUUAACAUAAAUG